CGCGUUUAUUGGAAGUCGUAAAAUAUUCGUAAUCAUGAAGCUACGACAGAGUGAAGAUGCAGUUAUCGGAGAUCAAACUUAUAGAUACCUGACGGCGGAUGAAAUGAAAUCUUUAGGAGACGAUUCGCUACCCAUCGACGUAACAAGAGACGAAAGAAUCGAUUCCAAUAGAAUGGCUAGCAGUAUGGACAGCAACAUGUUUCCUCCACAGCAUAUCGAAGACUCCAUUAGUCCUGAACAUGUUUCCAGGAAUUAUGUUGAAUACAUCAAGAAAUACUCGCCUGAUAACAUCGAUAUCAAUCGACAUCCGAUCAAUAUUGGGAAAUUGCAUUGGAAAAAUUUUCUGGUGUCGUUCCUGGUUGAUGCUAGAGGUGGUGCUAUGCGAGGGUGCAGACAUUCCGGCGUACGAGUUAUAGUACCGCCAAGGUGUGCCGCUAGUCCAACUAGAAUUACGUGUCGAUAUGUCAGGCCACAGAGAACUCCUCAUCCGCCACCUUUGAUGGAAGGAGAAGCCUUGGCUAGUAGAGUAUUAGAAUUGGGACCUGUUGGUGCUAAAUUUUUAGGGCCAGUAAUAAUUGAAGUGCCACAUUUUGCUGCUUUAAGAGGCAAAGAACGUGAAAUAGUAAUCCUAAGAUCAGACAAUGGAGAAUCCUGGAAAGAACACACCGUAGACGCCACAGAAGAGGUUUUAAACGAAGUCCUUCACGACAGCUUCGAUGCAGAAGAUCUAAAUCAAAUGGAAGAUAUCUCAUCAGGCAGGAUAUCUCGAAUAGUAACGCAGGAUUUUCCACAAUAUUUCGCCGUUGUAUCCAGGAUACGGCAAGAAGUCCACGCCAUUGGUCCAGAGGGUGGUAUGGUGUCUAGUACGGUAGUUCCACAGGUCCAGGCCAUAUUCCCCGAAGGUGCUUUGACCAAGAAAAUCAAAGUCGGCCUACAGGCUCAACCUAUUGAUCCAGAACUAACGGCCAAACUGUUAGGCCAUGGCGUUGCCGUAUCACCUGUGGUCACUGUCGAGCCACGCAGAAGAAAAUUCCACAAAGCCAUACGACUGAAUAUGCCAGUACCAACAGCCCAUUCACAAGGCAUGAUCAAUCAAUACAGUGGAUCCGCGCCCACAUUAAGAUUGCUCUGUUCGAUAACAGGUGGAACAACUAGAGCGCAAUGGGAAGACGUUACCGGAUCCACACCUUUGACAUUCGUCAACGACGUGGUGUCCUUCACGACAACUGUAUCUGCUCGAUUUUGGCUCAUCGACUGUAGAAACAUUGGAGAUGCGACGAAAAUGGCUACUGAACUGUAUAAGGAAGCCAUUCACGUACCAUUCAUGGCCAAAUUCGUGGUAUUCGCGAAACGGGUCGAUCCUCUGGAAGCGAGACUGAGAGUAUUCUGUAUGACAGACGACAAGGAGGAUAAGACCCUGGAACAUCAAGAACACUUUACAGAGGUGGCUAAAAGUCGAGACGUGGAAGUGUUGGAGGGAAAGUCUCAGUACGUCGAGUUUGCUGGAAAUCUGGUACCUAUUACGAAGAGUGGGGAGCAGUUGCAGUUCGCGUUCAGAGCUUUUAGGGAAAACAGAUUACCAUUUUCUGUUAGGGUCAAAGACCAACACGCAGAAGCAGUGGGAAGAUGUUUGUUCAUGAGAGAAGCCAAGGUACCCAAAGGUGAACCUCCACAACAACCCAUCUGCAUUCUAAAUAUUGUCCUUCCCGACGACAUAGUUACCGAUACCAUAUCUUUGACUGAUUCAGAGACUGGUAAACGACACAUGUACCUGUCAGAGUUCCAAGAUUACUAUCGACCUGAUCCUAGAUUAGCGGACAUGAGUAAUUUAUUGGGAGAAGACUGGGUUGAACUCGCCCAUCAACUUGGACUUACCUCAUCUGAGAUCAACGUGAUAAAAUCUGAAUACCCGGAAAGUAUCGCGAAACAAGCCCAGUCGAUGCUACGUAUGUGGCUCUCCCAAUCUAGCAACAAAGCCCAGACUAAUACUUUAGAAAAUGCCUUGAGAAGGAUUGGAAGGGAAGAUAUUAUACCGCAGUGCCUCAAUGUUGAACCACCUAGUCAUGUGAUUACUAGAAUUAAGGAAGAAGAAAUAGGAUAUAGGCUGAAAAAGAUGGACAAGGAAGUUUCCGAUAAAAAGAAGAUUAUAGAACAUUACGACAAGUAUUCGGCCGAAGAAAAGUUCGUCGAGAAGUCAGAAUCGGAAGAAGAGGAUAAUUUUGACAAAACCGUAACGGAGAGGCGUGAACAAAUUGAAAAACGCCUGUCUGCUGAAAGGGCCAUUCCAGCGUCUUCACAGCGCCGUGAAAUCGUUCAGGAAAUCAGCACCAUCAAGCGACAGAGUCUGGUCGAAGACAAAAUAGCCGAAGUACAACAAAAGGUCGACUUAGACACGCCGGACGUUACGUUUAGACCUGAAACGAAAAUACAUGUGUUGGAAACUGUAGAAGUAAAAACCACGCUACCAUCAGAUUCUACAAUUUCUAAUGUUCAAACGCACAUCCCAGGAGAUGAAUCUCAGUUAGCAAAGGGAGUUACUUCAAGAUUCGCAGAAUCUGCUGAUAAACCACUAACACGUGAAGAUAUAAAAUCACCGAAAUUUUCCAAAACACCACCGCCUAGCCCAGCUGACUUUUUACAAAAACAGCCAGCUUCGAUCCAAGCGUCAAGUGCGUCACCGCAAGAUGACGAUGACUCUUUGGAUACUGACGGGUUUCGCGAAGGUCAGUGCCUAUUAGAAACACCGACUCCGGGUGAAAUUUCCCUUCACACCAACUCCGACCUUCUGGAAGAUUUUGACUCUCGGCGCGAAGAAAGUUACGAUAUAGAUAUACAAGAGGUUACACCAUACGACGACGUUGCUAGAUAUUACCAACACCAAUCUAAACUUUUCGUCGGCCAACGGAAACGAUUGGCCUCUACUGAAGACUUAGACAACACAGAUGUGAUAGAUAGUAUUGAGACUACCUCAGAUAAAUUGCCUUCCACUAAAAAUAGUAACUUAAUUGGAAUUGCGAAAGUAGAUUUAAGUAAUUUUAAGUCGAAUGAAAAAGAAUCGGUUCGCCCUGAUGAUUUAGAUAUAAAAAGUUAUUCGUCUCCCGAAGAAAAGGGUGCUAAAGAUUCGAAGAGACCUGAAGACUGGGAGAGAAAAGAGAGAAAGACUGUUGAAAGAUUGCACGGUGGGGCUGGUAAAACUGGGCUCCCGUCUGAAGAAAAGGUGUGUCUAAAAUCGACACCUAAUAAUAUUUCCAUUUCUUAUAAAGAAAACACUACAAAUAUUACUACUGAGAUUUCUAAUAAGGAAGCGUCUCAUUCUAAAACAGUAACGAACGAAGUCAGUGAAGAAAAGGAAACAGCAUCGCCGACUGAACAUAUCUCUAAAGAAAACAUUAAACAAGUUAAUAAAAGUACAUCACCUCUUUCUAAGAAUGACUUAUAUUCAAGCCCUGAUUCUCCUGUGAUUAAUUCUAAUAAACCCAGCCUAGAACUAAUAAUUGGACGUAAGGAAGUUAGAACUAAAGAUGCGUCGGCUACGGCAGAAAGUAGAUUAACGUUAUAUGGUCGUAAAGAUAUUGAAAUUUCUAUUAAAUCCCAAUCUCAUAUAUCGGUGACAACUGUUAAACGUGAUAACGAUGGAGUUGAAACUUCGCAGAAAUUUGAUAUUGGUUUAUCAUCUACUACGGAUACUGAAAAAUUUAAUGUUUCUAAAAAAUCUGUUAUAACCGAAAAGUUAUUGCCCUCUACUACUGAGCCAAUAGAUAUUAAAAAACGCGAAGAAUGCGUCAAUUUUAGCGGGACUAAGCAGAUUUAUACUUACGAAACUGUAGCUAACUUGGCUGAUUUAACUACUUCUGUAAGUGAAGAUAGUGUUUCUCAUCAUAUCACUGACACUGGUAUUUCACUGACUAGAGGUACCGCCACAGAAACUUUGAGUUUAGGAAAACAUAUUCAAGAAUGCCAUGCGGGUGCCCAAACAACCGGUUUUAUUUCGGAUACAAAUGAAAUCGAAGAAGGCGAAUGCACUGAUGCCGGAUUAAGCCCAAUUCAAGCAGAUGAUACGAUUCAUCAAGAAAGUGAAGAUACAACCCAUCUAAUAGACACCGGAACAAGUCCUAUUGACUUUCCCGAAACUACUUCAGCACUAAUUUCACAAAUAGAUACUUCUGAAGCAGGAACUAUUACCGAUCAUAUAGAUACAAAAGAUGCCUCUAACAGUCCCAUUAAAAUAGAAGAAAGUAUUUCUUUAUCAGGUACAGAUAUGCUAAAAGAAGAAGAUAUACUACUAAGAAGAAGGGGGUCUGGAGAUGUACGUGCAAAAGUGCGAAUGAUAGAGGAGCAAGCCGUAAAACAAACUUACAAAAGCGAACUGAAGCGAAAAAGAAGAGAUAUAAUUGAUUCUGAAGAUGAAUUAUCCAGCAUGAAGGAAGAAGAAGUUAUGAGAGCAUCAACAGAAACGUUAGCACAAGUGGACGACGAUGAUUAUAAAAUGGAAUCCAUAAGUGAAAAUAUUGUCAAAGAGCAAAUUGAAGAUUUUAGUGAAAAGUCUUCAAGCAUUAGUAAAACUGCAACAUCAACCCCUACAAAACACAUUGGUAAAAAAAUCGCUGAGCUGCAAAAAAUAUUUGCUGCAGAAAAUAUCGAAGAUGAAAAUUAUACAGAAGAGUCUAAACCUGAAAAAUCAGAUUAUAUUCCACCAGAGUUUGAGGACGAUUUGGUUGAAACGUAUAGAUCUGUAAAAGAUAAACGAAACAUGUUUGAAGAAUUAAUAUCAAAAUCCCAAGAGGGUACUCCUACAAAACAUUCAAAAUUUAAAUGUCUGAAAAAUGCUCCCGAGGAAAAAAAAUAUACUGAAGAAGAAUUGAGAGCUUGUUUGACUUCUCUUGAAAAUGAUAUUAUUGAUGAGCAGAAACGCCAGGAUGAAAUAAAACAAAGCGAAAAAUGUAAACAAAUAAUCAUAGAUCAGCCAGCCACCGAUAUGCCUUGCGUAGAGCCAGUGUGUGUAAAAAAGCAUGUUGAUCAUAGCAUUACUACAAAUGGUAAAGAGGAUUUCGAAGAAUAUGAUACUACACAUCUAAAGCAAACCAAAGCGACUGAUUUACCUGUAGAAGAAAUUUGUCCCGACGAUCUACAACAUCUCGAUAACAGCAUUAAUAAAGAUAGUCGUUCAAAAAGACCUUCUCCACAGUCACUCGAUUUUCAAAGUAUCGAAAAGAAUGUUACUAUUACAGAAAAUGAAGUACAAAAAAUAAUAUUUGAAGUAUUAGAAGCUUCUAAGCAAAUUCGAGCAGACGUUAAGGAACUAAAGCCAGAUUUAACACCCACACCGGAGGGACAGUUAAUACAAAUGAUACCAUCUGCCUCUUUAGAAAGCCAAAAAAAUAUUUCAAGUAAAGACAAGGAAAUUUUAUUAAAAUCCAUUGCUUCUUCCCCACCCGAGGCUCAUGUGAUGGAUAAUGAAAUACAAAAAAUAAGAUCUGAAAUAUUUGAUGAUGAUAAACCAACAUUAAAAUCUCCUAGUAAAAAAAUACACGAACCUACUAUAAAAACACCAUGUUCGGAAAUUGAUAAAGAAAUGCCGGUUUCCAAAACUAUCCGUGAUAAUAAAAUUGAUUUAAAGACUGCUGCUGUUGAAUUACCCGCAUUACCACUAAAAACACUGUCUCCGGAACUAGACAUAGAAAUGUCGACUACUAAAAUUAAAGACGAAAAACAAUCCUUAUCUCUUAUUUCUAUAUCAACUGAGCUCUCAGUAAAAUUAACAUCUCCGGAACAAGAUAAACAAGUAUUGAUAUCGAAAUAUAAUAAAGAUAAAAAAGAAUCCUUGCCUACUAAUAUUAAGUCACACGAGCCCUCACUAAAGCAACCAUCUCUAGAACACGAUAAAGAAAUAUUUACAUCUAAAAAUAUUAAAAAUGGAAAAGAAACUCUAUCUCCUAUUUUUAAGUCCCCUGAGCUCCCAGUCAAAUCACCAUCCUCGGAAGAAAAAGACGUAUUGACAUCUAAAAUUUUACAUGACGAAAAAGAAUCCUUAUCUCCUAUUUCUAAAUCAUUUGAGCCCCCAGAAAAAUCACCAUCUCCAGAACACGAUAAAGAAAUAUUGACAUACAAAAUUAUCCAUGACGAAAAACAAUCUUCUGAUGUUGCUAGGUCAACUGAGCCUUUAGCAAUACCACUUUCUCCGGAAGAAAAAGACGCAUUGACAUCUAAAAUUUUACAUGGCGAAAAGGAAUCCGUAUCUCCUAUUUCUAAGUCACCUGAGCCUCCAGUAAAAUCACCAUCUCCAGAACACGAUAAAGAAAUAUUGACAUCCAAAAUUAUCCAUGCCGAAAAACAAUCUUCUGAUAUUGCUAGGUCAACUGCGCCAUUAGCAAUACCACAUUCUCCGGAAGAAACACACGCAUUGACAUCUAAAAUUUUACACGACGAAAAAGAACCCUUAUCUCCUAUUUCUAAGUCACCUGAGCCCCCAGUAAAAUCACCAUCUCCAGAACACGAUAAAGAUAUAUUGACAUCUAAAAUUAUCCAUGACGAAAAACAAUUUUCUGAUAUUGCUAGGCCAACUGAGCCUUUAGCAAAGCCAAUCUCCCCGGAAGAAAAAGACGUAUUGACAUCUAGAAAUUUACAUGACGAAAAAGAAUCCUUAUCUCCUAUUUCUAAAUCACCUGAGCCCUCAGUUAAAUCACCAUCUCCAGAACACGAUAAAGAUAUAUUGACAUCCAAAAUUAUCCAUGACGAAAAACAAUCUUCUGAUAUUGCUACGUCAGCUGAGACUUUAUCAAAGCCACUUUCCCUGGAAGAAAAAGACGUAUUGACAUCUAAAAUUUUACAUGAUGAAAAAGAAUCCUUAUCUCCUAUUUCUAAGUCACCUGAGCCCCCAGUAAAAUCACCAUCUCCAGAACACGAUAAAGAAAUAUUGACAUCCAAAAUUAUCCAUGACGAAAAACAAUCUUCUGAUAUUGCUAGGUCAACUGAGCCUUUAGCAAAGCCAAUUUCCCCGGAAGAAAAAGAUGUAUUGACAUCUAAAAUUUUACAUGACGAAAAAGAAUCCUUAUCUCCUAUUUCUAAGUCACCUGAGCCCCCAGUAAAAUCACCAUCUACAGAACACGAUAAAGAUAUAUUGACAUCCAAAAUUAUCCAUGACGAAAAACAAUUUUCUGAUAUCGCUAAGUCAACUGAGCCUUUUGCAAAGCCACUUUCUCCGGAAGAAAAAGACGUAUUGACAUCUAAAAUUUUACAUGACGAAAAAGUAUCCUUAUCUCCUAUUUCUAAGUCACCUGAGCCCCCAGUUAAACCACCAUCUCCAGAAUACGAUAAAGAAAUAUUGAAUUAUAAAAUUAUCCAUGACGAAAAACAAUCUGAUAUUGCUAGGUCAACUGAGCCUUUACUACCUGAGCCCCCAGUAAAAUCACCAUCUCCAGAACUCGAUAAAGAUAUAUUAACAUCCAAAAUUAUCCAUGACGAAAAACAAUUUUCUGAUAUUGCUACUUCAGCUGAGACUUUAUCAAAGCCACUUUCCCUUGAAGAAGAAAAGACUAUCCUUAUCCCUAUUUCUAAGUCACCUGAGCCCCCAGUUAAACCACCAUCUCCAGAAUACGAUAAAGAAAUAUUGACUUAUAAAAUUAUCCAUGACGAACAACCAUCUGAUAUUGCUAGGUCAACUGAGCCUUUAGCAAAGCCACUUUGCCCGGAACAAAAAGAAGUAUUGACAUCUAAAAUUUUACAUGACGAAAAAGAAUCCUUAUCUCGUAUUUCUAAGUCACCUAAGCCUCCAGUAAAAUCACCAUCUCCAGAACACGAUAAAGAAAUAUUGACAUCCAAAAUUAUCCAUGACGAAAAACAAUUUUCUGAUAUCGCUAAGUCAACUGAGACUUUAGCAAAGCCACUUUCCCUGGAAGAAAAAGACGUAUUGACAUCUAAAAUUUUACAUGAUGAAAAAGAAUCCUUAUCUCCUAUUUCUAAGUCACCUGAGCCUCCAGUAAAAUCACCAUCUCCAGAACACGAUAAAGAAAUUUUGAUAUCCAAAAUUAUCCACGACGAAAAACAAUUUUCUGAUAUCGCAAAGUCAACUGAGACUUUAGCAAAGCCACUUUCUCCGGAAGAAAAAGACGUAUUGACACCUAAAAUUUUACAUGAUGAAAAAGUAUCCUUAUCUCCUAUUUCUAAGUCACCUGAGCCUCCAGUAAAAUCACCAUCUCCAGAACACGAUAAAGAAAUAUUGACAUCCAAAAUUAUCCAUGCCGAAAAACAAUCUUCUGAUAUCGCAAAGUCAACUGAGACUUUAGCAAAGCCACUUUCCCCGGAAGAAAAAGACGUAUUGACAUCUAAAAUUUUACAUGAUGAAAAAGUAUCCUUAUCUCCUAUUUCUAAGUCACCUAAGCCUCCAGUAAAAUCACCAUCUCCAGAACACGAUAAAGAAAUAUUGACAUCCAAAAUCAUCCAUGCCGAAAAACAAUCUUCUGAUAUUCCUAGGUCAACUGAGCCUUUAGCAAAGCCAAUAUCCCCUGUAGGAAAAGACAUAUUGACAUCUAAAAUUUUACAUGACGAAAAAGUAUCCUUAUCCCCUAUUUCUAAGUCACCUGAGCCCCCAGUUAAACCACCAUCUCCAGAAUACGAUAAAGAAAUAUUGAAUUAUAAAAUUAUCCAUGACGAAAAACAAUCUGAUAUUGCUAGGUCAACUGAGCCUUUAGCAAAUCCACUUUCCCCUGAACAAAAGAAAAUCCUAUCUCCUAUUUCUAAGUCACCUGAGCCUCCAGUAAAAUCACCAUCUCCAGAACACGACAAAGAAAUAUUGACAUCCAAAAUCAUCCAUGCCGAAAAACAAUCUUCUGAUAUUGCUAGGUCAACUGAGCCUUUAGCAAAGCCAAUUUCCCCGGAAGGAAAAGACAUAUUGACAUCUAAAAUUUUACAUGACGAAAAAGUAUCCUUAUCCCCUAUUUCUAAGUCACUUGAGCCCCCAGUUAAACCACCAUCUCCAGAAUGCGAUAAAGAAAUAUUGACUUAUAAAAUUAUCCAUGACGAAAAACAAUCUGAUAUUGCUAGGUCAACUGAGCCUUUAGCAAAGCCACUUUCCCCGGAACAAAAAGAAGUAUUGACAUCUAAAAUUUUACAUGACGAAAAAGAAUCCUUAUCUCUUAUUUCUAAGUCACCUAAGCGUCCAGUAAAAUCACCAUCUCCAGAACACGAUAAAGAAAUAUUGACAUCCAAAAUUAUCCAUGACGAAAAACAAUCUUCUGAUAUCGCUAAGUUAACUGAGACUUUAGCAAAGCCACUUUCUCCGGAAAAAAAAGAAGUAUUGACAUCUAAAAUUUUACAUGACGAAAAAGUAUCCUCAUCCCCUAUUUCUAAGUCACCUGAGCCCCCAGUUAAAUCACCAUCUCCAGAACACCAUAAAGAUAUAUUGACAUCCAAAAUUAUCCAUGACGAAAAACAAUCUUCUGAUAUUGCUACGUCAGCUGAGACUUUAUCGAAGCCACUUUCCCUGGAAGAAAAAGACGUAUUGACAUCUAAAAUUUUACAUGAUGAAAAAGAAUCCUUAUCUCCUAUUUCUAACAAAGCCACUUUCUCCGGAAGAAAAGACGUAUUGACACCUAAAAUUUUACAUGAUGAAAAAGUAUCCUUAUCUCCUAUUUCUAAGUCACCUGAGCCUCCAGUAAAAUCACCAUCUCCAGAACACGAUAAAGAAAUAUUGACAUCCAAAAUUAUCCAUGCCGAAAAACAAUCUUCUGAUAUCGCAAAGUCAACUGAGACUUUAGCAAAGCCACUUUCCCUGGAAGAAAAAGACGUAUUGACAUCUAAAAUUUUACAUGAUGAAAAAGAAUCCUUAUCUCCUAUUUCUAAGUCACCUGAGCCUCCAGUAAAAUCACCAUCUCCAGAACACGAUAAAGAAAUAUUGAUAUCCAAAAUUAUCCAUGACGAAAAACAAUUUUCUGAUAUCGCAAAGUCAACUGAGCCUUUAGCAAAGCCACUUUCUCCGGAAGAAAAAGACGUAUUGACAUCUAAAAUUUUACAUGACGAAAAAGUAUCCUUAUCCCCUAUUUCUAAGUCACUUGAGCCCCCAGUUAAACCACCAUCUCCAGAAUGCGAUAAAGAUAUAUUGACAUCCAAAAUUAUCCAUGACGAAAAACAAUCUUCUGAUAUUGUUAGGUCAACUGAGCCUUUAGCAAAGCCACUUUCUCCGGAAGAAAAAGACGUAUUGACAUCUAAAAUUUUACAUGACGAAAAAGAAUCCUUAUCUCGUAUUUCUAAGUCACUUAAGCCUCCAGUAAAAUCACCAUCUCCAGAACACGAUAAAGAAAUAUUGACAUCCAAAAUUAUCCAUGACGAAAAACAAUUUUCUGAUAUCGCUAAUUCAACUGAGACUUUAGCAAAGCCACUUUCUCCGGAAGAAAAAGACGUAUUGACAUCUAAAAUUUUACAUGACGAUAAAGUAUCCUUAUCUCCUAUUUCUAAGUCACCUGAGCCCCCAGUUAAAUCACCAUCUCCAGAACACGAUAAAGAUAUAUUGACAUACAAAAUUAUCCGUGACGAAAAACAAUCUUCUGAUAUUGCUACGUCAGCUGAGACUUUAUCAAAGCCACUUUCCCUGGAAGAAAAAGACGUAUUGACAUCUAAAAUUUUACAUGAUGAAAAAGAAUCCUUAUCUCCUAUUUCUAAGUCACCUGAGCCUUCAGUAAAAUCACCAUCUCCAGAACACGAUAAAGAAAUAUUGAUAUCCAAAUUUAUCCAUGACGAAAAACAAUUUUCUGAUAUCGUUAAGUCAACUGAGACAUUAGCAAAGCCACUUUCUCCGGAAGAAAAAGACGUAUUGACAUCUAAAAUUUUACAUGAUGGAAAAGUAUCCUUAUCUCCUAUUUCUAAGUCACCUAAGCCUCCAGUAAAAUCACCAUUUCCAGAACACGAUAAAGAUAUAUUGACAUCCAAAAUUAUCCAUGAUGAAAAACAAUCUUCUGAUAUUGCUACGUCAGCUGAGACUUUAUCAAAGCCACUUUCCCUGGAAGAAAAAGACGUAUUGACAUCUAAAAUUUUACAUGAUGAAAAAGAAUCCUUAUCUCCUAUUUCUAAGUCACCUGAGCCUCCAGUAAAAUCACCAUCUCCAGAACAUGAUAAAGAAAUAUUGACAUCCAAAAUCAUCCAUGCCGAAAAACAAUCUUCUUAUAUUGCUAGGUCAACUGAGCCUAUAGCAAAGUCAAUUUCCCCGGAAGGAAAAGACAUAUUGCCAUCUAAAAUUUUACAUGACGAAAAGGAAUCCGUAUCUCCUAUUUCUAAGUCACCUGAGCCCCCAGUUAAAUCACCAUCUCCAGAACACGAUAGAGAUAUAUUGACAUCCAAAAUUAUCCAUGAUGAAAAACAAUCUUCUGAUAUUGCUACGUCAGCUGAGACUUUAUCAAAGCCACUUUCCCUGGAAGAAAAAGACGCAUUGACAUCUAAAAUUUUACAUGAUGAAAAAGAAUCCUUAUCUCCUAUUUCUAAGUCACCUGAGCCUCCAGUAAAAUCACCAUCUCCAGAACACGAUAAAGAAAUAUUGAUAUCCAAAAUUAUCCAUGACGAAAAACAAUUUUCUGAUAUCGCUAAGUCAACUGAGACUUUAGCAAAGCCACUUUCUCCGGAAGAAAAAGACGUAUUGACAUCUAAAAUUUUACAUGACGAAAAAGUAUCCUUAUCUCCUAUUUCUAAGUCACCUGAGCCUCCAGUUAAAUCACCAUCUCCAGAACACGAUAAAGAUAUAUUGACAUCCAAAAUUAUCCAUGACGAAAAACAAUUUUCUGAUAUCGCUAAGUCAACUGAGCCUUUUGCAAAACCACUUUCUCCGGAAGAAAAAGACGUAUUGACAUCUAAAAUUUUACAUGACGAAAAAGUAUCAUUAUCCCCUAUUUCUAAGUCACCUGAGCCCCCAGUUAAACCACCAUCUCCAGAAUACGAUAAAGAAAUAUUGACUUAUAAAAUUAUCCAUGACGAAAAACCAUCUGAUAUUGCUAGGUCAACUGAGCCUUUAGCAAAGCCACUUUCCCCGGAAGAAAAAGACGUAUUGACAUAUAAAAUUUUACAUGACGAAAAGGAAUCCUUAUCUCGUAUUUCUAAGUCACCUAAGCCUCCAGUAAUAUCACCAUCUCCAGAACACGAUAAAGAAAUAUUGACAUCCAAAAUUAUCCAUGACGAAAAACAAUCUUCUGAUAUUGCUACGUCAGCUGAGACUUUAUCAAAGCCACUUUCCCUGGAAGAAAAAGACGUAUUGACAUCUAAAAAUUUACAUGAUGAAAAAGAAUCCUUAUCUCGUAUUUCUAAGUCACCUAAGCCUCCAGUAAAAUCACCAUCUCCAGAACACGAUAAAGAAAUAUUGACAUCCAAAAUUAUCCAUGACGAAAAACAAUUUUCUGAUAUCGCUAAGUCAACUGAGACUUUAGCAAAGCCACUUUCUCCGGAAGAAAAAGACGCAUUGACAUCUAAAAUUUUACAUGACGAAAAAGUAUCCUCAUCCCCUAUUUCUAAGUCACCUGAGCCCCCAGUUAAAUCACCAUCUCCAGAACACCAUAAAGAUAUAUUGACAUCCAAAAUUAUCCAUGACGAAAAACAAUCUUCUGAUAUUGCUACGUCAGCUGAGACUUUAUCAAAGCCACUUUCCCUGGAAGAAAAAGACGUAUUGACAUCUAAAAUUUUACAUGAUGAAAAAGAAUCCUUAUCUCCUAUUUCUAAGUCACGUGAGCCCCCAAUAAAAUCACCAUCUCCAGAACACGAUAAAUAUAUAUUGACAUCCAAAAUUAUCCAUGACGAAAAACAAUCUUCUGAUAUUGCUAGGUCAACUGUGCCUUUAGCAAAGCCAAUUUCCCCGGAAGAAAAAGAUGUAUUGACAUCUAAAAUUUUACAUGACGAAAAAGAAUCCUUAUCUCCUAUUUCUAAGUCACCUGAGCCCCCAGUAAAAUCACCAUCUACAGAACACGAUAAAGAUAUAUUGACAUCCAAAAUUAUCCAUGACGAAAAACAAUUUUCUGAUAUCGCUAAGUCAACUGAGCCUUUUGCAAAACCACUUUCUCCGGAAGAAAAAGACGUAUUGACAUCUAAAAUUUUACAUGACGAAAAAGUAUCCUUAUCCCCUAUUUCUAAGUCACCUGAGCCCCCAGUUAAAUCACCAUCUCCAGAACACGAUAAAGAAAUAUUGACAUCCAAAAUUAUCCAUGACGAAAAACAAUCUUCUGAUAUUGCUAGGUCAACUGAGCCUUUAGCAAAGCCACUUUCUCCGGAAGAAAAAGACGUAUUGGCAUCUAAAAUUUUACAUGAUGAAAAAGAAUCCUUAUCUCCUAUUUCUAAGUCACCUGAGCCUCCAGUAAAAUCACCAUCUCCAGAACACGAUAAAGAAAUAUUGACAUCCAAAAUUAUCCAUGACGAAAAACAAUCUUCUGAUAUUGCUAAGUCAACUGAGACUUUAGCAAAGCCACUUUCUCCGGAAGAAAAGGACGUAUUGACAUCUAAAAUUUUACAUGAUGAAAAAGAAUCCUUAUCUCCUAUUUCUAAGUCACCUGAGCCUCCAGUAAAAUCACCAUCUCCAGAACACGAUAAAGAAAUAUUGACAUCCAAAAUUAUCCAUGACGAAAAACAAUCUUCUGAUAUUGCUAGGUCAACUGAACCUAUAGCAAAGCCAAUAUCCCCUGUAGGAAAAGACAUAUUGACAUCUAAAAUUUUACAUGACGAAAAAGUAUCCUUAUCCCCUAUUUCUAAGUCACCUGAGCCCCCAGUUAAACCACCAUCUCCAGAAUACGAUAAAGAAAUAUUGAAUUAUAAAAUUAUCCAUGACGAAAAACAAUCUGAUAUUGCUAGGUCAACUGAGCCUUUAGCAAAUCCACUUUCCCCGGAACAAAAAGAAGUAUUGACAUCUAAAAUUUUACAUGACGAAAAAGAAUCCUUAUCUCUUAUUUCUAAGCUACCUGAGCCCCCAGUAAAAUCACCAUCUCCAGAACUCGAUAAAGAUAUAUUAACAUCCAAAAUUAUCCAUGACGAAAAACAAUUUUCUGAUAUUGCUACUUCAGCUGAGACUUUAUCAAAGCCACUUUCCCUUGAAGAAAAAGACGUAUUGACAUCUAAAAUUUUACAUGAUGAAAAAGAAUCCUUAUCUCCUAUUUCUAAGUCACCUGAGCCUCCAGUAAAAUCACCAUCUCCAGAACACGACAAAGAAAUAUUGACAUCCAAAAUCAUCCAUGCCGAAAAACAAUCUUCUGAUAUUGCUAGGUCAACUGAGCCUUUAGCAAAGCCAAUUUCCCCGGAAGGAAAAGACAUAUUGACAUCUAAAAUUUUACAUGACGAAAAAGUAUCCUUAUCCCCUAUUUCUAAGUCACCUGAGCCCCCAGUUAAACCACCAUCUCCAGAAUACGAUAAAGAAAUAUUGACUUAUAAAAUUAUCCAUGACGAACAACCAUCUGAUAUUGCUAGGUCAACUGAGCCUUUAGCAAAGCCACUUUGCCCGGAACAAAAAGAAGUAUUGACAUCUAAAAUUUUACAUGACGAAAAAGAAUCCUUAUCUCUUAUUUCUAAGUCACCUAAGCGUCCAGUAAAAUCACCAUCUCCAGAACACGAUAAAGAAAUAUUGACAUCCAAAAUUAUCCAUGACGAAAAACAAUCUUCUGAUAUCGCUAAGUUAACUGAGACUUUAGCAAAGCCACUUUCUCCGGAAGAAAAAGAAGUAUUGACAUCAAAAAUUUUACAUGACGAAAAAGUAUCCUUAACUCCUAUUUCUAAGUCACCUGAGCCCCCAGUUAAAUCACCAUCUCCAGAACACGAUAAAGAUAUAUUGACAUCCAAAAUUAUCCAUGACGAAAAACAAUCUUCUGAUAUUGCUACGUCAGCUGAGACUUUAUCAAAGCCACUUUCCCUGGAAGAAAAAGACGUAUUGACAUCUAAAAUUUUACAUGAUGAAAAAGAAUCCUUAUCUCCUAUUUCUAAGUCACCUGAGCCCCCAGUUAAAUCACCAUCUCCAGAACACGAUAAAGAUAUAUUGACAUCCAAAAUUAUCCAUGACGAAAAACAAUCUUCUGAUAUUGCUAGGUCAGCUGAGACUUUAGCAAAGCCACUUUCCCUGGAAGAAAAAGACGUAUUGACAUCUAAAAUUUUACAUGACGAAAAAGAAUCCUUAUCUCUUAUUUCUAAGUCACCUAAGCGUCCAGUAAAAUCACCAUCUCCAGAACACGAUAAAGAAAUAUUGACAUCCAAAAUUAUCCAUGACGAAAAACAAUCUUCUGAUAUCGCUACAACUGAGACUUUAGCAAAGCCACUUUCUCCGGAAGAAAAGGACGUAUUGACAUCUAAAAUUUUACAUGAUGAAAAAGAAUCCUUAUCUCCUAUUUCUAAGUCACCUGAGCCUCCAGUAAAAUCACCAUCUCCAGAACACGAUAAAGAAAUAUUGACAUCCAAAAUCAUCCAUGUCGAAAAACAAUCUUCUGAUAUUGCUAGGUCAACUGAACCUAUAGCAAAGCCACUUUCUCCGGAAGAAAAAGACGUAUUGACAUCUAAAAUUUUACAUGACGAAAAAGUAUCCUUAUCUCCUAUUUCUAAGUCACCUGAGCCCCCAGUUAAAUCACCAUCUCCAGAACACGAUAAAGAUAUAUUGACAUACAAAAUUAUCCAUGACGAAAAACAAUCUUCUGAUAUUGCUAGGUCAGCUGAGACUUUAGCAAAGCCACUUUCUCCGGAAGAAAAGACGUCAACUGAGCCUUUAGCAAAGCCACUUUCUCCGGAAGAAAAAGACGUAUUGGCAUCUAAAAUUUUACAUGAUGAAAAAGAAUCCUUAUCUCCUAUUUCUAAGUCACCUGAGCCUCCAGUAAAAUCACCAUCUCCAGAACACGAUAAAGAAAUAUUGACAUCCAAAAUUAUCCAUGACGAAAAACAAUCUUCUGAUAUUGCUAAGUCAACUGAGACUUUAGCAAAGCCACUUUCUCCGGAAGAAAAAGAAGUAUUGACAUCAAAAAUUUUACAUGACGAAAAAGUAUCCUUAUCUCCUAUUUCUAAGUCACCUGAGCCCCCAGUUAAAUCACCAUCUCCAGAACACGAUAAAGAUAUAUUGACAUCCAAAAUUAUCCAUGACGAAAAACAAUCUUCUGAUAUUGCUAGGUCAACUGAGCCUUUAGCAAAGCCACUUUCUCCGGAAGAAAAAGACGUAUUGACAUCUAAAAUUUUACAUGAUGAAAAAGAAUCCUUAUCUCCUAUUUCUAAGUCACCUGAGCCUCCAGUAAAAUCACCAUCUCCAGAACACGAUAAAGAAAUAUUGAAAUCCAAAAUUAUCCAUGACGAAAAAACAUCUUCUGAUAUGGCUAGGUCAACUGAGCCUUUAGCAAAGCCACUUUCUCCGGAAGAAAAAGACGUAUUGACAUAUAAAAUUUUACAUGAUGAAAAAGAAUCCUUAUCUCCUAUUUCUAAAUCACCUGAGCCUCCAGUAAAAUCACCAUCUCCAGAACACGAUAAAGAAAUAUUGACAUCCAAAAUCAUCCAUGUCGAAAAACAAUCUUCUGAUAUUGCUAGGUCAACUGAGCCUAUAGCAAAGCCACUUUCUCAACAAGAAAAAGACGUAUUGACAUCUAAAAUUUUACAUGACGAAAAAUCACCUGAGCCCCCAGUAAAAUCACCAUCUCCAGAACACGAUAAAGAAAUAUUGACAUCCAUAAUUAUUCAUGACGAAAAACAAUUUUCUGAUAUCGCUAAGUCAACUGAGCCUUUAGCUAUGCCAAUUUCUCCGGAAGAAAAAGACGUAUUGACAUCUAAAAUUUUACAUGACGAAAAAGAAUCCUUAUCGCCUAUUUCUAAGUCACCUGAGCCCCCAGUAAAAUCACCAUCUCCAGAACACGAUAAAGAAAUAUUGACAUCCAUAAUUAUCCAUGACGAAAAACAAUUUUCUGAUAUCGCUAAGUCAACUGAGCCUUUAGCAAAGCCAUUUUCUCCGGAAGAAAAAGACUCACCUGAGCCCCCAGUAAAAUCACCAUCUCCAGAACACGAUAAAGUUCUAUUGACAUCCAAAAUUAUUCAUGACGAAAAACAAUCUUCCGAUAUUGCUACAUCAGCUGAGCCUUUAGCAAAGCCACCUUCUCCAGAACAAAAAGGCGUAUUAACUUUUAAAAUUUUACAGAAGGAAAGAGAAUCCUUAUCUCCGAUAUCUAAGACACCUGAACUCCCAGUAAAAUCACCAUCCUCAGAACACGAUAAAGGAAUAUUGAUAUCUAAAACUACUAAGGAUGUAAAAGUAUCCGAAAUUCCUAUUUCUAAGUCACCUGAGCCCCCAGUAAAAUCACCAUCUCCAGAACACGAUAAAGAAAUAUUGACAUCCAAAAUUAUCCAUGCCGAAAAACAAUCUUCCGAUGUUGCUACAUCAGCUGAGCCUUUAGCAAAGCCACCUUCUCCAGAACAAAAAGGCGUAUUAACUUUUAAAAUUUUACAGGAGGAAAGAGAAUCCUUAUCUUCGAUAUCUAAGACACAUGAACUCCCAGUAAAAUCACCAUCCUCGGAACACGAUAAAGGAAUAUUGAUAUCUAAAACUACUAAGGAUGUAAAAGAAUCCGUAACUCCUAUUUCUAAGUCACCUGAGCCCCCAGUAAAAUCACCAUCUCCAGAACACGAUAAAGAAAUAUUGACAUCCAAAAUUAUCCAUGCCGAAAAACAAUCUUCUGAUAUCGCUAGGUCAACUGAGCCCUUAGCAAAGCCAAUUUCCCCGGAAGAAAAAGACAUAUUGAUAUGUAAAAUUUUACAUGACGAAAAAGAAUCCUUAUCUCCUAUUUCUAAGUCAUCUGAGCCCUCAGUAAAAUCACCAUCUCCAGAAGAGGAUAAAGAUAUAUUGACACCCAAAAUUAUCCAUGACGAAAAACAAUCUUCUGAUAUUGCUAGGUCAACUGUGUCUUUAGAAAAGCCAUUUUCCCCGGAAGAAAAAGACGUAUUAACAUCUAAAAUUUUACAUGACGAAAAAGAAUCCUUAUCUCGUAUUACUAAGUCACCUAAGCCCCCAGUAAAAUCACAAUCUCCAGAACACGAUAAAGAUAUAUUGACAUCCAAAAUUAUCCAUGACGAAAAACAAUUUUCUGAUAUUGCUAGGUCAACUGUGCCUUUAGCAAAGCCAAUUUCCCCGGAAGAAAAAGAUGUAUUGACAUCUAAAAUUGUACAUGACGAAAAAGAAACCUUAUCUCCUAUUUCUAAGUCAUCUGAGCCCUCAGUAAAAUCACCAUCUCCAGAACACGAUAAAGAUAUAUUGACAUCCAAAAUUAUCCAUCACCAAAAACAAUCUUCUGAUAUUGCUAGGUCAGCUGAGACUUUUUCAAAGCCACUUUCCCUGCAAAAAAAAGACGUAUUGACAUCUAAAAUUUUACAUGACGAAAAAGUAUCCUUAUCUCCUUUUUCUAAGUCACCUGAGCCCCCAGUUAAACCACCAUCUCCAGAAUACGAUAAAGAAAUAUUGACUUAUAAAAUUAUCCAUGACGAAAAAGCAUCCUUAUCUCGUAUUUCUAAGUCACCUAAGCCUCCAGUAAAAUCACCAUCUCCAGAACACGAUAAAGAAAUAUUGACAUCCAAAAUUAUCCAUGACGAAAAACAAUUUUCUGAUAUUGCUACGUCAACUGAGACUUUAGCAAAGCCACUUUCUCCGGAAGAAAAAGACGUAUUGACAUCUAAAAUUUUACAUGACGAAAAAGUAUCCUUAUCUCCUAUUUCUAAGUCACCUGAGCCCCCAGUUAAAUCACCAUCUCCAGAACACGAUAAAGAUAUAUUGACAUCCAAAAUUAUCCAUGACGAAAAACAAUCUUCUGAUAUUGCUACGUCAGCUGAUACUUUAUCAAAGCCACUUUCCCUGGAAGAAAAAGACGUAUUGACAUCUAAAAUUUUACAUGAUGAAAAAGAAUCCUUAUCUCCUAUUUCUAAGUCACCUGAGCCUCCAGUAAAAUCACCAUUUCCAGAACACGAUAAAGAAAUAUUGACAUCCAAAAUCAUCCAUGCCGAAAAACAAUCUUCUGAUAUUGCUAGGUCAACUGAGCCUUUAGCAAAGCCACUUUCUCCGGAAGAAAAAGACGUAUUGACAUCUAAAAUUUUACAUGACGAAAAAGAAUCCUUAUCUCCUAUUUCUAAGUCACAUGAGCCCCCAGUAAAAUCACCAACUCCAGAACACGAUAAAGAAAUAUUGACAUCCAAAUUUAUCCAUGACGAAAAACAAUUUUCUGAUAUCGCUAAGUCAACUGAUCCUUUAGCAAAACCAUUUUCUCCGGAAGAAAAAGACGUGUUGACAUCUAAAAUUUUACAUGACGAAAAAUUAUCCUUAUCUCCUAUUUCUAAGUCACCUGAGCCCCCAGUAAAAUCACCAUCUCCAGAACACGAUAAAGUUAUAUUGACAUCCAAAAUUAUUCAUGACAAAAAACAAUCUUCCGAUAUUGCUACAUCAGCUGAGCCUUUAGCAAAGCCACCUUCUCCAGAACAAAAAGGCGUAUUAACUUUUAAAAUUUUACAGGAGGAAAGAGAAUCCUUAUCUCCGAUAUCUAAGACACCUGAACUCCCAGUAAAAUCACCAUCCUUGGAACACGAUAAAGGAAUAUUGAUAUCUAAAACUACUAAGGAUGUAAAAGAAUCUGUAAUUCCAAUUUCUAAGUCACCUGAGCCCCCAGUAAAAUCACCAUCUCCAGAACACGAUAAAGAAAUAUUGACAUCCAAAAUUAUCCAUGCCGGAAAACAAUCUUCCGAUGUUGCUACAUCAGCUGAGCCUUUAGCAAAGCCACCUUCUCCAGAACAAAAAGGCGUAUUAACUUUUAAAAUUUUACAGGAGGAAAGAGAAUCCUUAUCUUCGAUAUCUAAGACACAUGAACUCCCAGUAAAAUCACCAUCCUCGGAACACGAUAAAGGAAUAUUGAUAUCUAAAACUACUAAGGAUGUAAAAGAAUCCGUAACUCCUAUUUCUAAGUCACCUGAGCCCCCAGUAAAAUCACCAUCUCCAGAACACGAUAAAGAAAUAUUGACAUCCAAAAUUAUCCAUGCCGAAAAACAAUCUUCUGAUAUUGCUAGGUCAACUGUGUCUUUAGAAAAGCCAUUUUCCCCGGAAGAAAAAGACAUAUUAACAUCUAAAAUUUUACAUGACGAAAAAGAAUCAUUAUCUCGUAUUACUAAGUCACCUAAGCCCCCAGUAAAAUCACAAUCUCCAGAACACGAUAAAGAUAUAUUGACAUCCAAAAUUAUCCAUGACGAAAAACAAUUUUCUGAUAUUGCUAGGUCAACUGUGCCUUUAGCAAAGCCAAUUUCCCCGGAAGAAAAAGAUGUAUUGACAUCUAAAAUUUUACAUGACGAAAAAGAAUCCUUAUCUCCUAUUUCUAAGUCAUCUGAGCCCUCAGUAAAAUCACCAUCUCCAGAACACGAUAAAGAUAUAUUGACAUCCAAAAUGAUCCAUCACCAAAAACAAUCUUCUGAUAUUGCUAGGUCAGCUGAGACUUUAUCAAAACCACUUUCCCUGGAAAAAAAAGACGUAUUGACAUCUAAAAUUUUACAUGUCGAAAAAGUAUCCUUAUCUCCUUAUUCUAAGUCACCUGAGCCCCCAGUUAAACCACCAUCUCCAGAAUACGAUAAAGAAAUAUUGACUUAUAAAAUUAUCCAUGACGAAAAAGAAUCCUUAUCUCGUAUUUCUAAGUCACCUAAGCCUCCAGUAAAAUCGCCAUCUCCAGAACACGAUAAAGAAAUAUUGACAUCCAAAAUUAUCCAUGACGAAAAACAAUUUUCUGAUAUUGCUACGUCAACUGAGACUUUAGCAAAGCCACUUUCUCCGGAAGAAAAAGACGUAUUGACAUCUAAAAUUUUACAUGACGAAAAAGUAUCCUUAUCUCCUAUUUCUAAGUCACCUGAGCCCCCAGUUAAAUCACCAUCUCCAGAACACGAUAAAGAUAUAUUGACAUCCAAAAUUAUCCAUGACGAAAAACAAUCUUCUGAUAUUGCUACGUCAGCUGAUACUUUAUCAAAGCCACUUUCCCUGGAAGAAAAAGACGUAUUGACAUCUAAAAUUUUACAUGAUGAAAAAGAAUCCUUAUCUCCUAUUUCUAAGUCACCUGAGCCUCCAGUAAAAUCACCAUUUCCAGAACACGAUAAUGAAAUAUUGACAUCCAAAAUCAUCCAUGCCGAAAAACAAUCUUCUGAUAUUGCUAGGUCAACUGAGCCUUUAGCAAAGCCACUUUCUCCGGAAGAAAAAGACGUAUUGACAUCUAAAAUUUUACAUGACAAAAAAGAAUCCUUAUCUCAUAUUUCUAAGUCACCUGAGCCCCCAGUAAAAUCACCAUCUCCAGAACACGAUAAAGAAAUAUUGACAUCCAAAAUUAUCCAUGACGAAAAACAAUUUUCUGAUAUCGCUAAGUCAACUGAGCCUUUAGUUAAGCCAAUUUCUCCGGAAGAAAAAGACGUAUUGACAUCUAAAAUUUUACAUGACGAAAAAGAAUCCUUAUCUCCUAUUUCUGAGUCACCUGAGCCCCCAGUAAAAUCACCAUCUCCAGAACACGAUAAAGAAAUAUUGACAUCAAAAAUUUUCCAUGACGAAAAACAAUUUUCUGAUAUCGCUAAGUCAACUGAGCCUUUAGCAAAGCCACUUUCUCCGGAAGGAAAAGACGUAUUGACAUCUAAAAUUUUACAUGACGAAAAAAUAUCCUUAUCUCCUAUUUCUAAGUCACCUGAGCCCCCAGUAAAAUCACCAUCUCCAGAACACGAUAAAGUUAUAUUGACAUCCAAAAUUAUUCAUGACGAAAAACAAUCUUCCGAUAUUGCUACAUCAGCUGAGCCUUUAGCAAAGCCACCUUCUCCAGAACAAAAAGGUGAAUUAACUUUUAAAAUUUUACAGGAGGAAAGAGAAUCCUUAUCUCCGAUAUCUAAGACACCUGAACUCCCAGUAAAAUCACCAUCCUCGGAACACGAUAAAGGAAUAUUGAUAUCUAAAACUACUAAGGAUGUAAAAGAAUCCGUAAUUCCUAUUUCUAAGUCACCUGAGCCCCCAGUAAAAUCACCAUCUCCAGAACACGAUAAAGAAAUAUUGACAUCCAAAAUUAUCCAUGCCGAAAAACAAUCUUCUCAUAUCGCUAGGUCAACUGAACCUUUAGCAAAGCCAAUUUUCCCGGCAGAAAAAGACAUAUUGAUAUCUAAAAUUUUACAUGACGAGAAAGAAUCGUUAUCCCCUAUUUCUAAGUUAACUGAGCCCACAGUAAAAUCACCAUCUCCAGAAUACCAUAAAGAAAUAUUGACAUCCAAAUUUAUCCAUGACGAAAAACAAUUUUCUGACUUUGCUAGGUCAACUAAGCCUUUAGCAAAGCCAAUUUCCCCGGAAGAAAAAGACGUAUUGACAUCUAAAAUUUUACAUGACGAAAAAGAAUCCUUAUCUCAUAUUUUUAAGUCACCUGAGCAUCCAGUAAAAUCACCAUCUCCAGAACACGAUAAAGAAAUAUUGACAUCCAAAAUUAUCCAUGACGAAAAACAAUCUUCUGAUAUUGCUAGGUCAACUGAGCCUUUAGCAAAGCCACUUUCCCAGGAAGAAAAAGAUGUAUUGACAUCUAAAAUUUUACAUGACGAAAAAGAAUCCUUAUCUCCUAUUUCUAAGUCAUCUGAGUCCUCAGUAAAAUUAACAUCUCCAGAACACGAUAAAGAUAGAUAUAAUAAGCCUUCAAAAAUUAUCCAUGACGAAAAACAAUCUUCUGAUAUUGCUAGGUCAACUGUGCCUUUAGAAAAGCCAUUUUCCCCGGAAGAAAAAGACGUAUUAACAUCUAAAAUUUUACAUGACGAAAAAGAAUCCUUAUCUCCUAUUUCUAAGUCAUCUGAGCCCCCAGUAAAAUCAUCAUCUCCAGAACACGAUAAAGAUAUUUUGACAUCCAAAAUUAUCCAUGCCGAAAAACAAUCUUCUGAUAUUGCUACGUCAGCUGAGCCUUUAUCAAAGCUACUUUCCCCGGAAGAAAAAGACGUAUUGACAUCUAAAUUUUUACAUGACGAAAAAGAAUCCUUAUCUCCUAUUUCUAAGUCAUCUGAGCCCUCAGUAAAAUCACCAUCUCCAGAACACGAUAAAGAUAUAUUGACAUCCAAAAUUAUCCAUCACCAAAAACAAUCUUCUGAUAUUGCUAGGUCAACUGAGCCUUUAGCAAAGCCAAUUUCCCCGGAAGAAACAGACAUAUUGACAUCUAAAAUUUUACAUGACGAAAAGGAAUCGGUAUCUCCUAUUUCUAAGUCAUCUGAGCCCCAAGUAAAAUCACCGUCUCCAGAACACGAUAAAGAUAUAUUGACAUCCAAAAUUAUCCAUGCCGAAAAACAAUCUUCUGAUAUUGCUACGUCAGCUGAACCUUUAGCAAAGCCACUUUCCCCGGAAGAAAAAGACGCAUUGACAUCUAAAAUUUUACAUGACGAAAAAGGAUCCUUAUCUAUUAUUUCUAAGUCAUCUGAGCCCCCAGAGCCACUAUCUCCAGAACACGAUAAAGAUAUAUUUACAUCCAAAAUUAUCCAUGACAAAAUACAAUCUUCUGAUAUUGCUACGUCAGCUGAACCUUUAGCAAAGCCACUUUCCCCGGAAGAAAAAGACGUAUUGACAUCUAAAAUUUUACAUGACGAAAAAGAAUCCUUAUCUCUUAUUUCUAAGUCACCUGAGCCCCCAGUAAAAUCACCAUCUCCAGAACACGAUAAAGAUAUAGUGACAUCCAAAAUUAUUUAUGACGAAAAACAAUCUUCCGGUACUGCUACGUCAGCUGGGCCUUUAGCAAAGCCACUUUCCCCGGAAGAAAAAGACGUAUUGGCAUCUAAAAUUUUACAUGACGAAAAAGAAUCCUUAUCACCUAUUUCUAAGUCAUCUAAGCCCCCAGUAAAAUCACCAUCUCCAGAACACGAUAAAGAAAUAUUGACAUCCAAAAUUAUCUAUGACGAAAAACAAUUUUCUGAUAUUGCUAUGUCAACUGAGCCCACGGUAAAACCACCAUCUCCAGAACACUAUAAAGAAAUAUUGACUUCUAAAACUAUUAAGUAUGAGAAAGAACCCUUGUCUUCUAUUUCAAAGUCACCUGAGUCCCUAGUAAAAUCACCAUCACCAAAACACGGGAAAGAAAUAUUAACAUUUAGAACUCCUAAGGAUGAGAAAGAAACCUUGUCUCCUAUUUCUAAAUCACCUGAGGUACCAAUAAAACCACCAUCUCCAGAACAAGGUAAAGAAAUAUUGACUUCUAAAACUACUGAGGAUGAAAAAGUAUACUUAUCUCCUAUUUCUAUUGAGCCCCUAGUAAAGUCCCCAGAACACGGUAAAGAAAUAUUGACAUCUAAAAUUAUCCAUGAUGAAAGACAACCCUCUCAUAUUGCUAAGUCAACUGAGCUUCUAGUUAAACCACAUUCUCCAGAACAUAAAGAAGUAUUGACUUCUAAUAUUUUACAUGACGAAAGAGAAUCCUUGUCUCACAUACCUAAGUUACACGAUCUUCCAGUUAAAUCACCAUCUUCUCAACACGAUCAAGAAAUAGCGAAAUCUAAUAUUAUCCAGGAUGAACAAGAGUCCUUAUCUCCUAUUUCUAAGUCACCUGAGCCCCCAGUAAAAUCACGAUCUCCAGAACACGAUAAAGAAAUAUUUACAUCUAAAUCUACUAGGGAUGAAAAAGAAUAUUUUUCUCCUAUUUCUAAGUCACCUGGGACCCUAGUAAAACCACUAUCUCCAGAACACAGUAAAGAAAUAUUGACAGCUAAAACUCCUAGGGAUGAAAAAGAAACAUUGUCUUUUAUUUCUAAAUCACCUGAGGUACCAAUAAAACCAACAACUCCAGAAAAAGAUAAAGAAAUAUUGUCUUCUAAAACUCCUAAGGAUGAAAAAGAAACCUUGACUCCUAUUUCUAAAUCACCUGAGGUACCAAUAAAAAUAUCAUCUCCAGAACAAGAUAAAGAAAUAUUGACUUCUAAAACCACUAAGGAUGGAAAAGUAUCCUUAUCUCUUAUUUCUAAGUUACCUGAGCCCCUAGUAAAACCACCAACUCCAGAACACAGUAAAGAAAUGUUGACAGCUAGAAUUCCUAAGGAUGAAAAAGAAACCUUGUUUACUAUUUCUAAAUCACCAGAGAUACCAAUAAAACCAAUAUCUCCAGAACACGAUAAAGAAAUAUCGAGAGCUGAAACUCCUAAGGAUGAAAAAGAAAUGUUGUCUCCUACUCCUAAAUCACCUGAGGUACCAAUAAAACCACCAUCUCCAGAACAAGAUAAAGAAAUAUUGACUUCUAAAACUACUAAGGAUGAAAAAGGAUCCUUAUCUCCAAUUUCUAUGUCACCUGAGCCCCUAGUAAAAUCCUCAGAAAACGGUAAAGAAAUAUUGACAUCUAAAAUUAUCCAUGACGAAAGACAAACCUCUCAUAUUGCUAAGUCAACUGAGCCUCUUGUAAUACCACAUUCUCCAGAACAUAAAGACGUAUUGACUUCUAAAAUCUUACAUGACGCAAGAGAAUCCUUGUCUCAUAUACCUAAGUUACACGACCUUCCAUUUAAAUCACCAUCUUCUGAACACAAUCAAGAAAUACCGAAAUCUAAAAUUAUCCAGGAUGAACAAGAAUCCUUAUCUCCUAUUUCUAAGUCACCUGAAUUACCAGUAAAAUCACCAUUCUCGGAAGAAGAUAAAGAAAUAUUGAUAUCUAAAACUACUAAGGAUGUAAAAGAAUCCGUAACUCAUAUUUCUAAGUCACCUGAACCCCUAGUAAAAUCUCCAGAAAACGAUAAAGAAAUAUUGACUUACAAAAUUAUCCAUGACGAAAUACAAUAUUCUCAUAUUUCUAAGCUAACUGAGCCUCUAGUAAAGCCAAUUUCUCCGGAACAAAAAGACGUAAUGACAUCUAAAAUUUUACAUGACGAAAAAGAAUCCUUAUCUCCUAUUUCUAAGUUACCUGAGCCCCUAGUAACAUCAUUAUCUCCAGAAGACGAUAAAGAUAUAUUGACAUCCAAAAUUAUCCAUGACGAAAAACAAUCUUCUGAUAUCGCUAGUUCAGCUGAGCCUUUAGCAAAGCUACUUUCCCCGGAAGAAAAAGACGUAUUGACAUCUAAAAUUUUACAUGACGAAAAGGAAUCCUUAUCUCCUAUUUCUAAGUCACCUGAGCCCCCAGUAAAAUCACCAUCUCCAGAACACGAUAAAGAAAUAUUUACAUCUAAAUCUACUAGGGAUGAAAAAGAAUCUUUAUCUCCUAUUUCUAAGUCACCUGGGACCCUAGUAAAACCACCAUCUACAGAACACGGUAAAGAAAUAUUGACAGCUAGAACUCCUAAGGGUGAAAAAGAAAUCUUGUCUCCUAUUUCUAAAUCACCUCAGGUACCAAUAAAACCACCAUCUCCGGAACAAGACAAAGAAAUAUUGACUUCUAGAACUACUAAGGAUGAAAAAGAACCCUUGUCUUCUAUUUCUAAGUCACCUGAGCCCCUAAUAAAACCACCAUCUGCAGAACACGGUAAAGAAAUAUUGACUUCUAGAACUCCUAAGUAUGAAAGAGAAACCUUGUCUCCUAUUUCUAAAUCACCUGAGGUACCAAUAAAACCAAUAUCUCCAGAAGACGAUAAUGAAAUAUCGACAGCUAAAACUCCUAAGGAUGAAAAAGAAACAUUUUCUCCUAUUUCGAAAUCACCUGAAGUACCAAUAAAACAACCCUCUCCAGAACAAGAUAAAGAAAUAUUGAAAGCUAAAACUCCUAAGGAUGAAAAAGGAACCUUGUUUCCUCUUUCUAAAUUACCUGAGGCACCAAUAAAACCACCAUCUCCAGAACACGAUAAAGAAAUAUUUACAUCUAAAUAUACUAAAGAUGAAAAAGAAUCCUUAUCUCCUACUUCUAAGUCACCUGUGCCCCUAGUAAAAUCAUCAUCUCCAGAACAGGGUAAAGAAAUAUUGACAGCUAAAACUCCUAAGGAUGAAAAAGAAACCUUGUCUAAUAUUUCUAAAUCACCUGAGGUACCAAUAAAACUACCAUCUCCAGAAGAGGAUAAAGAAAUAUCGACAGCUAAAACUCCUAAGGAUGAAAAAGGAACAUUGUCUUCUGUUUCUAUAUCACCUGAGGUACCAAUAACACCACCAUCUCCAGAACAAGAUAAAGAAAUAAUUACUUCUAAAACUACUAAGGAUGAAAAAGUAUCCUUAUCUCCUAUUUCUAUGUCACCUGAGCCCUUAGUAAAAUACCCAGAACACGGUAAAGAAAUAUUGACAUCUAAAAUUUUCUAUGACGAAAGACAAUCCUCUCAUAUUGUUAAGUCAACUGAGCCUCUAGUAAAACCACAUUCUCCGGAACAUAAAGAUGUAUUGACUUCUAAAAUUUUACAUGACGAAAGAGAAUCCUUGUCUCUUAUACCCAAGUUACACGAUUUCCCAGCUAAAUCACCAUCUUCUGAACACGACCAAGAAAUACUGAAAUCUAGAAUUACUAAGGAUGAAAAAGAAUCCUUAUCUCCUAUUUCUAUGUCACCCGAGCUCCCAGUUAAAUCACAGUCUUCUGAACAGAAUCAAGAGAUGCUGAAAUCUAAAAUUAUUCAGGAUGAACAAGAAUACUUCGUGUCUCCAAAACACGAUAAAGAAAUAUUGUCUAAAUUUAUCCAUGAUGAGAGACAAUACUCUCAUAAUCCUAAGUCAACUGAGCCUCUAGUAAAGCCACUUUCUCCAGAAAAAAAAGACGUAUUCGCAUCUAUAGUUUUACUGGAUGAAGCAGAGUCACUAUCUCCUAUAACUAAGUCUCCUGAAAUCCUAGUAAAAUCACCAUCCUCGGAAUAUGAUAAAGAAAUAUUGAAAUCUAAAACUUCUAAGGAUGAAAAAGAAACCUUGUCUCCUAUUUCUAAAUCACCUGAGGUACCAAUAAGUCCACCAUCUCAGGAACACUAUAAAGAAGUAUUGACAUCUACAAUUGUCCAUGAUGAAAAACUAUUCUCUCGUAUUCCUAAGUCAACUGACCCUCUAGUAAAGCCACUUUCUCCGGAACAAAAGGACGUAUUGACAUCUAAAAUGUUACAAGACGAAAGAGAAUCUUUAUUACCUAUCUCUAAGUCACCUGAACUCCAAGUAAAAUUACCAUCCUCGGAACACGAUAACGAAAUAUUGACAUCUAAAAUUAUCCAUGACGAUAGACUAUCCCCUCAUAUUCCUAAGUCAACUGAGACUCUAGCAAAGCCACAUUACCCGGAAGAAAAAUACGUAUUGACAUCUAAAAUUUUACAGGACGAAAAGGAAUCCCUAUCUCCUAUAUCCAAGUCCCCUGAACUCUCAGUAAGAUCACCAUUCUCGGAACACGAUAAAGAAAUAUUAACAUCUGAAUCUCCUAAUGAUGAAAAAGAAACCUUGUCUCCUAUUUCUAAAUCACCUGAGGUACCAAUAAAACCACCAUCUCCAGAAGAAGAUAAAGAAAUAUUGACUUCUAAGACUACUCGGGAUGAAAAUGGAUACUUAUCUCCUAUUUGUAUGUCACCUGAGCCCCUAGUAAAAUCCCUAGAACACUGUAAAGAAAUAUUGACAUCUAAAAUUAUCAAUGACGAAAGAAAAUCCCCUCAUAUAGCCAAGUCAUCUGAGCCUCUAGGAAAACCACAUUCUCUGGAAUAUAAAGUAUUGACUUCUAAAAUUUUACAGGACGAAAGUGAAUCCAUGUGUCUUAUACCUAAGUUACACGAUCUCUCAGUUAAAUCACCUGAAUACGAUCAAGAAAUACUGAAUUCUAAAAUUACUAAGGAUGAAAUAGGAUCAUUACCUCCUAUUUCUAUGUCACCUGAGUUCCCAAUUAAAUCGCCGUCUUCUCAAAACGAUCGAGAAAUACUGAAACCUAAAAUUAUUCAGUAUGAACAAGAAUCCUUAGCUCCUAUUUCUAAGUCACCUGAGCCCCCAGUAAAAUCUGCAUCUCCAGAGCACGAUAAAGUAAUAUUGACUUCUAAGUUUAUCCAAGAUGAAGGGCAAUCCUCUCAUAUUCCCAAGUCAACUGAGCCACAAGUAAAGCCACCUUCUCCGGAACAAAAAGACUUAUUCACUUCUAAAACUUUACACGACGAAGAAGAUUCCUUAUCUCCUAUCUUUAAGUCAUCCGAGCUCCCAAUUAAAUCACCGUCUUCUGAGCACGAUAAAAAAAUAUUGACAUCUAAAACUACCAAGGAUGAAAAAGAAUCAUUAUCUCCUAUUUCUAUGUCACCUGAGCCCUUAGUAAAAUCCCCAGAACACGGUAAAGGAAUACUAACAUCUAAAAUUACCCAUGACGAAAGGAAAUCUUUUCAUAUUCCUAAAUCAACUGAGCCUCCAGUAAAGCAACAUUCUCCGGAACAUAAAGACGUAUUGACUUCUAAAAUUUCACAUGAAGAAAGAGAAUCCUUGUCUCUUAUACCUAAGUUACACGAUCUCCCAGUUAAAUUACCAUCUUCUGAACACGACCGAGAAAUAAUGAAAUCUAAAAUUAUUCAGGAUGAACAAGAAUCCUUAUCUCCUAUUCCUAAGUCACCUGAGCCUCCAGUAAAAUCACCAUCUCCAGAACACGAUAAAGAAAUAUUGACAGCUAAAACUACUAAGGAUGAAAAAGAAACCUUGUCUCCUAUUUCUAAAUCACCUGAGCUUCCAAUUAAAUCACCGCCUUCUGAAUACAAUAAAGAAAUAUUGAAAUCAAAAAUUAUUCAUGAUGAACAAAAUUUCUUAUCUCCUAUUUCUAAGUCACCUGAGACCCCAGUAAAAUCACCAUCUCCAGAACACGAUAAAGAAAUAUUGACAGCUAAAACUACUAAGGAUGAAAAAGAAACCUUGUCUCCUAUUUCUAAAUCACUUGAGCUCCCAAUUAAAUCACCGUCUUCUGAACACAAAAAAGAAAUACUGCAAUCUAAAAUUAUUCAUGGUGAACAAGUAUCCCUAUCUCCCAUUCCUAAGUCACCUGAGUCCCCAGUAAAAUCACCAUAUCCAGAACACGAUAAAGAAAUAUUGAAAGCUAAAACUACUAAGGAUGAAAAAGAAAUAUUGUCUCCUAUUUCUAAAUCACCUGAGGUAGCAAUAAAACCAAUAUUUCCAGAACACGCUAAAGAAAUAUCGACAGCUAAAAAUCCUAAGGAUGAAAACAAAAUAUUGUUUUCUAUUUCUAAAUCACUUGAGGUACCAAUAAAACCACCAUCCCCAGAACAAGAUAAAGAAAUAUUGACUUCUAAAACUACUAAGGAUGAGAAAGAAUACUUACUUCCUAUUUCUAAGUCAUCUGAGCUCCUAGUAAAAUCACCAUCUCCAGAACACGGCAAAGAAAUAUUGACGUCUAAAUUUAUCCAUGACGAAAGACAAUCCUCUCAUAUUCCUAAGUCAACUAAGCCCCCAGAAAAAUCACCAUCUACCGAACACGAUAAAGAAAUAUUAACGUCUAAAACUCCUAAGGAUGAAAAAGAAACCUUGCCUACUAUUUCUAAAUCACCUGAGCCCCUAGUAAAAUCGCCAUCUCCAGAUCACGGUAAAGAAAUAUUGACACCUAAAAUUGUCCAUGACGACGGACAAUCCUCUGAUAUUUCUAAGUCACCUGAGCCCCUAGUAAAAUCACCAUCUCCAGAAUACGAUAAAGAAAUAUUGACAGCUAAAUCUUCAAAGGAUGAAAAAGAAACCUUGUCUCCUAUUUCGAAAUCACCUGAAGUACCGAUAAAACUAAAAUCUCCAAAACACGAUAAAGAAAUAUUGACAGCUAAAACUCCUAAGGAUGAAAAAGAAAACUUGUCUCCUAUUUCUAAAUCACCUGAGACCCUAGUAAAAUCACCAUCUCCAGAACACGGUAAAGAAAUAUUGACACCUAAAAUUGUCCAUGACGACAGACAAUCCUCUGAUAUUCCUAAGUCACCUGAGCCCCCAGAAAAAUCACCAUCUACCGCACACGAUAAAGAAUUAUUGACGCCUAAAACUCCUAAGGAUGAAAAAGUCUUGUCUCCUCUUUCUAAAUCACCUGAGCCCCUAGUAAAAUCACCAUCUCCAGAUCACGGUAAAGAAAUAUUGACAUCUAAAAUUGUCCAUGACGACAGACAAUCCUCUGAUAUUCCUAAGUCACCUGAGCCUGUAGUAAAAUCCCCAUCUCCAGAAUACGAUAAAGAAAUAUUGAUAGCUAAAUCUCUAAAGGAUGAAAAAGAAACCUUGUCUACUAUUUCUAAAUCACCUGAGCCCCUAGUAAAAUCCCCAACUCCAGAUCACAGUAAAGAAAUAUUGACACCUAAAAUUGUCCAUGACGACGGACAAUCCUCUGAUAUUCCUAAGUCACCUGAACCCCUAGUAAAAUCACCAUCUCCAGAAUACGAUAAAGAAAUAUUGACAGCUAAAUCUCCAAAGGAUGAAAAAGAAACCUUGUCUCCUAUUUCCAAAUCACCUGAAGUACCGAUAAAACUAAAAUCUCCAGAACACGAUAAAGAAAUAUUGACAGCUAUAACUCAUAAGGAUGAAAAAGAAACCUUGUCUCCUAUUUCUAAGUCGCCUGAGACCCUAGUAAAAUCACCACCUCCAGAUCACGGUAAAGAAAUAUUGACAUCUAAAAUAGUCCAUGACGACAGACAAUCCUCUGAUAUUCCUACGUCACCUGAGCCCGUAGUAAAAUUACCAUCUCCAGAAUACGAUAAAGAAGUAUUGACAGCUAAAACUCCUAAGGUUGAAAAAGAAACCUUGUCUCCUAUUUCUAUAUCACCUGAGCCCCUAGUAAAAUCACCAUCUCCAGAUCACGGUAAAGAAAUAUUUACAUCUAAGAUUGUCCAUGACGACAGACAAUCCUCUGAUAUUCCUAAGUCACCUGAGCCUGUAGUAAAAUCCCCAUCUCCAGAAUACGAUAAAGAAAUAUUGAUAGCUAAAUCUCUAAAGGAUGAAAAAGAAACCUUGUCUCCUAUUUCUAAAUCGCCUGAGACCCUAGUAAAAUCAGCAUCUCCAGAUCACGGUAAAGUAAUAUUGACAUCUAAAAUUGUCCAUGACGACAGACAAUCCUCUGAUAUUCCUAAGUCACCUGAGCCCGUAGUAAAAUCACCAUCUCCAGAAUACGAUAAAGAAGUAUUGACAGCUAAAACUCCUAAGGAUGAAAAAGAAACCUUGUCUCCUAUUUCUAAAUCGCCUGAGACCCUAGUAAAAUCACCAUCUCCAGAUCACGGUAAAGAAAUAUUGACAUCUAAGAUUGUCCAUGACGACAGACAAUCCUCUGAUAUUCCUAAGUCACCUGAGCCUGUAGUAAAAUCACCAUCUCCAGAAUACGAUAAAGAAAUAUUGAUAGCUAAAUCUCCAAAGGAUGAAAAAGAAACCUUGUCUCCUAUUUCCAAAUCACCUGAAGUACCGAUAAAACUAAAAUCUCCAAAACAUGAUCAAGAAAUAUUGACAGCUAAAACUCCUAAGGAUGAAAAAGAAACCUUGUCUCCUAUUUCUAAAUCACCUGAGCCCCUAGUAAAAUCACCAUCUCCAGAACACGGUAAAGAAAUACUGACACUUAAAAUUGUCCAUGACGACAGACAAUCCUCUGAUAUUCCUAAGUCACCUGAGCCCCUAGUAAAAUCACCAUCUCCAGAACACGGUAAAGAAAUAUUGACAGCUAAAUAUCUAAAGGAUGAAAAAGAAACCUUGUCUCAUAUUUCCAAAUCACCUGAAGUACCGAUAAAACUAAAAUCUCCAAAACAUUAUCAAGAAAUAUUGACAGCUAAAACUCCUAAGGAUGAAAAAGAAACCUUGCCUCCUAUUUCUAAACCACCUGAGCCCCUAGAAAAAUCACCAUCUCCAGGACACGGUAAAGAAAUACUGACAGCUAAAUCUCUAAAGGAUGAAAAAGAAACCUUGUCUCAUAUUUCCAAAUCACCUGAAGUACCGAUAAAACUAAGAUCUCCAGAACACGAUAAAGAAAUAUUGACAGCUUUAACUCAUAAGGAUGAAAAAGAAACCUUGUCUCCUAUUUCUAAAUCGCCUGAGAACCUAGUAAAAUCACCAUCACCAGAUCACGGUAAAGAAAUAUUGACAUCUAAAAUUGUCCAUGACGACGGACAAUCCUCUGAUAUUCCUAAGUCACCUGAACCCCUAGUAAAAUCACCAUCUCCAGAAUACGAUAAAGAAAUAUUGACAGCUAAAUCUCCAAAGGAUGAAAAAGAAACCUUGCCUCCUAUUUCUAAAUCGCCUGAGAACCUAGUAAAAUCACCAUCACCAGAUCACGGUAAAGAAAUAUUGACAUCUAAAAUUGUCCAUGACGACGGACAAUCCUCUGAUAUUCCUAAGUCACCUGAGCCUGUAGUAAAAUCCCCAUCUCCAGAAUACGAUAAAGAAAUAUUGAUAGCUAAAUCUCUAAAGGAUGAAAAAGAAACCUUGUCUACUAUUUCUAAAUCACCUGAGCCCCUAGUAAAAUCGCCAUCUCCAGAUCACAGUAAAGAAAUAUUGACACCUAAAAUUGUCCAUGACGACGGACAAUCCUCUGAUAUUCCUAAGUCACCUGAACCCCUAGUAAAAUCACCAUCUCCAGAAUACGAUAAAGAAAUAUUGACAGCUAAAUCUCCAAAGGAUGAAAAAGAAACCUUGUCUCCUAUUUCCAAAUCACCUGAAGUACCGAUAAAACUAAAAUCUCCAGAACACGAUAAAGAAAUAUUGACAGCUAUAACUCAUAAGGAUGAAAAAGAAACCUUGUCUCCUAUUUCUAAAUCGCCUGAGACCCUAGUAAAAUCACCACCUCCAGAUCACGGUAAAGAAAUAUUGACAUCUAAAAUUGUCCAUGACGACAGACAAUCCUCUGAUAUUCCUAAGUCACCUGAGCCCGUAGUAAAAUUACCAUCUCCAGAAUACGAUAAAGAAGUAUUGACAGCUAAAACUCCUAAGGUUGAAAAAGAAACCUUGUCUCCUAUUUCUAUAUCACCUGAGCCCCUAGUAAAAUCACCAUCUCCAGAUCACGGUAAAGAAAUAUUGACAUCUAAGAUUGUCCAUGACGACAGACAAUCCUCUGAUAUUCCUAAGUUACCUGAGCCUGUAGUAAAAUCCCCAUCUCCAGAAUACGAUAAAGAAAUAUUGAUAGCUAAAUCUCUAAAGGAUGAAAAAGAAACCUUGUCUCCUAUUUCUAAAUCGCCUGAGACCCUAGUAAAAUCAUCAUCUCCAGAUCACGGUAAAGUAAUAUUAACAUCUAAAAUUGUCCAUGACGACAGACAAUCCUCUGAUAUUCCUAAGUCACCUGAGCCCGUAGUAAAAUCACCAUCUCCAGAAUACGAUAAAGAAGUAUUGACAGCUAAAACUCCUAAGGAUGAAAAAGAAACCUUGUCUCCUAUUUCUAAAUCGCCUGAGACCCUAGUAAAAUCACCAUCUCUAGAUCACGGUAAAGAAAUAUUGACAUCUAAGAUUGUCCAUUACGACAGACAAUCCUCUGAUAUUCCUAAGUCACCUGAGCCUGUAGUAAAAUCACCAUCUCCAGAAUACGAUAAAGAAAUAUUGAUAGCUAAAUCUCCAAAGGAUGAAAAAGAAACCUUGUCUCCUAUUUCCAAAUCACCUGAAGUACCGAUAAAACUAAAAUCUCCAAAACAUGAUCAAGAAAUAUUGACAGCUAAAACUCCUAAGGAUGAAAAAGAAACCUUGUCUCCUAUUUCUAAAUCACCUGAGCCCCUAGUAAAAUCACCAUCUCCAGAACACGGUAAAGAAAUAUUGACAGCUAAAUAUCUAAAGGAUGAAAAAGAAACCUUGUCUCAUAUUUCCAAAUCACCUGAAGUACCGAUAAAACUAAAAUCUCCAAAACACGAUAAAAAAAUAUUGACAGCUAAAACUCCUAAGGAUGAAAAAGAAAUCUUGUCUACUAUUUCUAAAUCACCUGAGCCCCUAGUAAAUUCACCAUCUCCAGAACAUGGUAAAGAAAUAUUGACACCUAAAAUUGUCCAUGACGACAGACAAUCCUCUGAUAUUCCUAAGUCACCUGAGCCCACAGAAAAAUCACCAUCUACCGCACACGAUAAAGAAUUAUUGACGUAUAAAACUCCUAAGGAUGAAAAAGUAUUUUGUCCUCUUUCUAAAUCACCUGAACCUCUAGUAAAAUCACCAUCUCCAGAUCACGGUAAAGAAAUAUUGACAUCUAAAAUUGUUCAUGACGACAGACAAUCCUCUGAUAUUCCUAAGUCACCCGAGCCCCGAGUAAAAUCACCAUCUCCAGAAUACGAUAAAGAAAUAUUGACAGCCAAAUCUCUAAAGGAUGAAAAAGAAACCUUGUCUACUCUUUCCAAAUCACCUGAAAUACCGAUAAAACUAAAAUCUCCAAAACAGGAUAAAGAAAUAUUGACAGCUAAAACUCCUAAGGUUGAAAAAGAAACAUUGUCUCCUAUUUCUAAAUCACCUGAGCCCCUAGUAAAAUCACCAUCUCCAGAACACGGUAAAGAAAUACUGACACGUAAAAUUGUCCAUGACGACAGACAGUCCUCUGAUAUUACUAAGUCACCUGAGGCCCUAGUAAAAUCACCAUCUCCAGAACACGGUAAAGAAAUAUUGACAGCUAAAUCUCUAAAGGAUGAAAAAGAAACCUUGUCUCAUAUUUCCAAAUCACCUGAGGUACCGAUAAAACGAAAAUCUCCACAACACGAUAAAGAAAUAUUGACAGCUAUAGCUCAUAAGAAUGAAAAAGAAACCUUGUGUCCAAUUUCUAAAUCGCCUGAGACCCUAGUAAAAUCACCAUCUCCAGAUUACGGUAAAGAAAUAUUGACAUCUAAAAUUGUCCAUGACGACAGACAAUCCUCUGAUAUUCCUAAGUCACCUGAGCCCGUAGUAAAAUCACCAUCUCCAGAAUACGAUAAAGAAAUAUUGACAGCUAAAUCUCCAAAGGAUGAAAAAGAAACCUUGUCUCCUAUUUCCAAAUCACCUGAAUUACCGAUAAAACUAAAAUCUUCAAAAGACGAUAAAGAAAUAUUGACAGCUAAAUCUCCUAAGGAUGAAAAAGAAACCUUGUCUCCUAUUUCUAAAUCACCUGAGGUACCAAUAAAACUACCAUCUCCAGAACAAGAUAAAGAAAUGUUGACUUCUAAAACUACUAUAGAUGAAAAAGAAUCCUUAUUUCUUAUUUCUAUGUCAACUGAGCCCCUCGAAAAAUCAUCAUCUCCAGAACACGAUAGAGAAAUAUUGACUUCUAAAACUCCUAAGGAUGAAAAAGCACCCUUGUCUUCUAUUCCUAAAUCACCUGAACCCCUAGUAAAAUCAUCAUCCCCAGAACACGGUAAAGAAAUAUCGACAGCUAAAACUUCUAAGGAUGAAAAUGAAAUAUUUUCUCCUAUUUCUAAAUCACCUGAGCCCCUAGUAAAAUCACCAUCUCCAGAACACGGUAAAGAAAUAUUGACACCUAAAAUUGUCCAUGACGACAGACAAUCCUCUAAUAUUCCUAAGUCAACUGAGCCUCUAGUAAAGCCACCUUCUCCGGAACAAAAAGACGUAUUGACUUCUAAAAUUUUAUAUGAAGAAAAAGAAUCUCCUAUUUCUAAGUCACCCGAGCUCCCAUUAAAAUCACCAUCUUCUGAACACGAUAAAAAAAUACUGAACUCUAGAAUUAUUCAGGAUGAACAAGAAUCCUUAAUUCCUAUUUCUAAGUCACCUGAACCCCUUGUAAAAUCACCAUCUCCAGAAUACGAUAAAGAAAUAUUGACAUCUGAAAUUAUCCAUGACGAAAGACAAUCCUCCCAUAUUCCUAAGUCUCUAACAACAGAGCCUCAAGUAAAGCCACAUUCUCCGAAACAAAAAGACGUAAUGACUUCUAAAACUUUACAAGACAAAAGAGAAUCCUUAUCUUCUAUAUCUAAGUCAUCUGAAAUCCCAGUAAGAUCACCAUCCCCGGAACACGAUAAAGAAAUAUUGUCAUCUAAAAUUACCAAAGAUGAAAAAGAAUUCUUAUCUUCUAUUUCUAAGUCACCUGAGCCCCUAGUAAAAUCAUCAUCUCCAGAACACGAUAAAGAAAUAUUAACAUCUAAAAUUAUCCAUGACGAAAAACAAUCUUUUCAUAUUCCUAAGUUAACGGAGCCUCUAAUAAAACCACAUUCUCCGGAACAAAAGGAACAAAAAGUAGUAAUGACUUCUAAAGCUUUACAUGACGAAAGAGACUCCUUAUCUCCUACCAAAGAUGAAAAAGAACCUUUAACUUUAUCUCCUAUUUCUAAGUCACUCAAGCUCCCAGUUAAAUCACCAUCUUCAAAAUACGAUAAAGAAAUAUUGAAAUCUAAUAUUAGCCAUGACGAAAGACAAUCCUCUCAUAUUCCUAAGUCAACGGAGCUUCUAGUAAAGACACCUUCUCCGGAACAAAAAGACGUAUUGACUUCUAAAACUUUACACGACGAAAAGGAAUCCUUAUCUCCUAUAUCUAAGUCAUCUGAACUCCCGGUAAAAUCACCAUCCCCGGAACACGAUAAAGAAAUAAUAUCAUCUAAAAUUACCAAAGAUGGAAAAGAAUCAUCAUCUCCUAUUACUAAGUCACCUGAGCCCCUUGUAAAAUCACCAUCUCCAGAAUACGAUAAAGAAAUAUUGACAUCUAAAAUUAUACAUGACGAAAGAAAAUAUUCUCAUUUUCCUAAGUCAACUGAGCCUCUAGUAAAGGCACCUUCUCCGGAACAAAAAGACGUACUGAUUUCUAAAAUUUUUAAUGACGAAAAAGAGUCCCUAUCUCCUAUUUCUAAGUCACCUGAACUCUCAGUAAAAUCACCAUCCCCGGAAUACGAUAAAGAAAUAUUGACAUCUAAAUCUACUAAGGAUGAUAAAGAAUUCUUAUAUCCUAUUUCUAAGCCACCUGAGCCCCUAGUGAAAUCACUAUCUCCGGAACGCAAUAAAGAAAUAUGGGAAUCUAAAAUUAUUCAGGAUAAAGAAGAAUCACUGUCCCCUAUUUCAAAGUCGCCUGAAUCCCUAGUAGAAUCAUUAUUUACGGAACAUGAUAACGUAAUAUUGAGAUCUCAAAUUAUUCAGCAAGGAAAAGGAUCCUUAUCUCCUAUUGCUAAAUCACCUGAGAUCCUAGUAAAACUACCACAUCCGGAGAUUUAUAAAGAAAUACUGAGUUCUAAAAUUAUCCAUGACGAAAAAGAAUCCUUAAUGAAAAAAGAAUCUGUAAUAUCUAAGUCACCUCAGUCUCCGGUAACUCCGGUAAAACCAUCUCUAGAACAAGAUAAAGUAAUAUUGAGUCCUAAAAUUUUACAUGACAAAAUAGAAUCUCCAAUUUGUAUAUCAUCUGAGUCUCCAGUAAAACCACUAUGUCCGGAAAAAGGCCUUGAAAAAGAAAUACUGACAUCUAGAACCAUUUCUAAUGAUGAAAUAGCAAUAUCUUCUGAGACAAAUGAACAGUCAGGAAAAACAUCGACAAAGACUUUGAACAAAGUCGAAUAUUUGACGCCGGUAAAACUGUUAUCUCGAAGAUCUGACGAGGAAACACUUUUACCUAAUAAUUUGGACCUUUUAGAAACUGUUGUGGACAUAAGUCCUAAACCAUCAGAACCGUUUAUAAAAUCCAUCACUGUAGAAUUUGAAAAGCAAUUUACAAAGUGUCCGGCUUCCAAUUUAUCUGAAAAUGUUUCAAGCUCUACUAAAAUACUCGGACAGGAUAUACAGUUCAAAUCUGGUAAUAUCGAUAAUUUAUCUAAACGUUUUGCUACUAAAUCACAUCAAUCCGCUUCUAAGUCGAUAUCACAUCAAACCACGGAUUACGGAAGAAAAAUAAAACCAUUAUCAGAAAUAACAAUUUCUAAAUCCUCGAAGAUAACUGAAAAGUCUACCGACAUCACCAAUAAUUUAUCAAAGACAAAUCAAUUUCCGCAACAGUCCAAUAAAUCAUCUUUAUCUGAUAUCAAUAAGGAAUGUCCUAAAUCAACUUUAUCGAAAACAGAUUUUGAGAAGUUUUCCCCAAAAAAUCUUACAGAUAUUAAAUACAAUGAAACUAGCAAAAAGUUUGUCAAAUUUGAUCGACGCUGCACUGAGCUAAUUGACGAAAAAAAGGAAGAUAUUUAUCUGAAACGUACAAAAGAGGUUAAAGGCAAAACAACUAUGACAGGAAAUAUAAUUUCGUCGAAAAAAUCUACCAGCAAGAGCGGAAAUAUUGUAGAACAGCCUGCAGAUAAUAUGUCCCUAUUAAAGUCAUGUGGAGUUGGACAAAACAAAGAAAUGUCUAGAAGAACUACUAAGGCCAUUAAUAAAACAUCAAAACGUACACUAGUUGCCAAUACCAAAUCCUUCGAAUCAGAUUACGGAGUAGCGUCGUCUAAAUAUUAUCCCACUAAUAUUAAUAUGUCUGACGACAUUUUGGAAAUUACAUUACAACCGGAAGACCUUACAUUACAAACAAAAUCGAAAGACAAAGGAUUGAAUAAAAUUUCAAAAUCAUACGCCUCCAAAAGAUCCAGUACCUACAAAUUACCAAAAACUGUUAGCGAUGACAAUAUUAGUUCAGACGAUGAAAAUAGAGCAACGGUUAAGAAAGGAAAUUACUUGAAAAAAACUUUAAAACCCAGGUCUUUGAAAGGUUUAGAUGCAUCAGUUGACAAACCGUUAGAAAGCAAUCAAUUCAUAGAAGGUAUGUCUAAAAGUCCCAAGAGAAUUAGAAAACAUAUACCGUUGAAGAAGACAUGUGAAGACCCCGAUACCUCUAAAAUACCAUCUACACCGAAAAAGUAUGACAAUCGCGUACAUGGUUAUAUGUUAUCUACUGUUUCUCGAAACAUGAAAAUUGAUAAAGAUAUCGUCAGGGAAAAAAAGGAGGUAGAUAAUAUUAAUGAAAAACUUAGAAAAUCUCACAAAAUCGCAAAUGAAAAACAACAAGCUUCUCAAAGUAUCGCUAAACCGAGAAAAACUAGUCUAGUAGAAGAAUGCAAACCUAAGCAAUCUUAUGAAAAACAUAGCGUACCAACGGAACAUAAAAAAGGAUCGUCUAAAGAAGGGACUCCGAUAAAAAAUAUUAAAAAAUGCGAAAAAAAACUUGUAGAUGAUAAAUCUUUAACUCAAAAAAUUCAUCAUUCUUCGGUCGCUAAAAUUGAAAACAUAUUUCCAGACCAGAAGAAAACUGUUAAGGAUAAAAGUCAUAAAGAAAUAAUUUAUACUGAAAUUACUCCUAACCUUGAGAUGAACGAUGUUGAGAUUAAAAUAUAUAAAACCGAUUAUAGUACAUUGACAGAAAUGCGCAAAGCAAGUCCAUCACCAACUAAAUUGAAACGCACAAUUUUAAGUGAACAUAUCAAAAAGCUUCCUUCAAAUGGAAAACAACCGUCCCAUAAAUUCGAUAUCGACAAAACUGUUCAAUUUGCUGACCGUGUCCGAAGUCAGUCUGUCAUUUCGACGACUUAUCAUGAGCUGCAGGAGGAAAAUGCUACAAGUACAUGCCCAACAUCGCUGCCUGGUAGCCCGGUUCGAACAAGAUCAGCCAAUGGUGGUACAAAAAUCACUUCUGAAGUUUUUACUAGAAUUCAAAAUCAUUCAGGUUCAAUUGAAGUAGUUUACAGGCAACCUUACGAGAAUAUCAGGCGUGUCGCUUCCUUACUAAAAAAUGAAACUGAAAUGUCGCUUAUUGACACAACAGAUUCAAGCUUGUCUGAAUCUGUGGCACUACCAAGCAGUCCAUCUGAUCAUGAAAUUAGUUCAGAUGCAAAUGGAAAAAUUAAGUCUGUUUCACCUACCUCACCGUGGCAUCGUAAGUCUUUAGAGAAUGCACAUAGAGUCUCAGAUUUAAUUACUUGUGCAAUGCCGAUUGGAGAGUCCCUUCAACCGUAUGAAGACUCUAGUUUAACUUUGGCGAGACAAAUGGUAUUAGCACAAUAUGAGAAAAAAGUUUUAGAUGAUCAGAAGCAUGUUGAACCCGCUCAAAAGACAGAAGAAAGAUUAUCUCCGAUAUUAAGUGUUGAAGCCGUAUCUCCUCCCAGAAAAGUAUUCAAGUCUUCUCGCAAAGCAGUAAAAUUGGAAGGAGAUACAACUCAAGAUUGGGAAGCAAAAGAAUCAUCAGCAACCAAACACACAUUAAUGAAUGUAAAAGACGCAGCACAGCAAGGAAAACCAACUUCGAGAGCACAGUAUUUAGCUAGUAACGAAGAUAUGUCGCUAAUUGAAGUAGGCCAGGGAAUAAACGGCUUUUCAUAUAAUCAAAAUUUAAAACGCACACUCGAUCAAAGUAACGCUUUUAUAAAGUCUGAGUCACGCGCAGAACCUUAUCACCAUGAAACACAAAAACAUUAUAUUGUGAAAUCAGUACAUUCAUCUAACGAAACAGUAAAAGACCAGAAAAAGCCAAAACGAGGGUUUUUCGGAACGCUGAAAGGAUUUGUCAGUAAGUCUUCUGAUGUAUCAGAUUCUGAUUCUGAAAGGUCACCGAAAAAAGAGAAAAAGAAAAAAGAGAAAAAGAAAGCCAAAUCUUUAGAUGAAAGUGGUUCACUAUCACAAGUUCCAACUCGUCCCCCUAGAAAACCAAAAUUACCUACACCAACUGAAUUACGCAGACAGUAUGAUGAUAUACCGUUUAUGGAAGCAGGAGAUGAACCUCCUUCAUAUGAACCUCCAGCAGUUCCCGUUAAAACUUCAACUGUACUUCAGCAAUUAAUAGAUGAUGAACCUAAGAUUCAAAAACCUGCAACAUUAUCUAAAUCUGAUAAAACUGCUAUAGAGCAACAUCAUUUGUCUCAAAAGGAGGAAAAUAUUAAACCUGUUACAACAGAUAAAUAUAAGCAGGAAAAGCCCAAAACACCUAAAUUAAAGAAAAUUAAGACAGUUAUUGUUGACGAACAAAUUACAAAUAUUAUAAGUCCUGCUACAGUGGAAGAAGACGACUUUACUAUUGUUAUUGACCCAACUAAAAAGAGCUCUCCUAAAAAAUCUAAAGAAACGUUUACGUUGAGCAUUGAAGAUGAUACUGAGCCAAAAGAUUUAACUGGAAAAUCUCCUAUUCUACCCGACGAGAACAUUAUUAAACCUUUGGCACAAAUUGAACAAAUUCCAGUAAGACCGCCACGAUCCAAAGAUCAUUAUUAUGAACCUAUAGAUGUAGCUGAUUAUUCUAAAAAUACUGCUAAUGUUGGCGAUGAUACACUUAAAAAAGCUACAGUAGAUUUGAUUUCAAAUGAACAGAGCUUUGCCGCGUGGGCAGAAGAUCAGCAAAAUGUGGGCGAUCGUCAAUUACAAGAUGUACCAAAGACUCCUGGGAGUGAAAAAACAAAAAGAAAACAUAAACGAAAAAUAUUUGCUGUUUUUUCAAAAUCUUCAAGGGAUGCUGAAGAAUCAGAUGAUGAUUCUCGAAAAGAAGUAAUCGAAAAACAAGAUAAAGAAGAAUCAAAAGAAACCGCAGAAAACGCCGACGAACAGAAGAAAAGUUUCAUGGGUUUGUUUACUAAGAAACAGAAAAAAGAAGAAGAUAGUAGUAACAUCCCUAUAGUUUUAUCAGAAGAGACUAUUUUGAACAUGAAAAAUUCUUCAGAUUUCUUAAAAUCUGAAGUAGAGAAUUACGAAGACGUUACACCCGCUCUCCAGGAAGUUUCUCAACCAACAGAUAAAAAAGAAAGAAUAUUUAAAAUUUCUAAAAGCAAAGAGAGGUCGAAAAGUAGGGAAAGGUCAAAAUCCAGAGAAAGGUCUAAAAGUAGAGAAAGAUCCAAAAGCAGAGAAAGAUCCAAGAGCAGAGAAAGAUCAAAAAGUAAAGAAAGAGAUGGUAUAUUUAGCUUCUUUAAAAAGAAUAAGAAGCAUGAUUCUUUAGAAGAUAAAUCUCUUACAAAUUUGAAUAAGGAUAAGUCUCUAGAAGAAGAUGGCGACUAUACAAUUAGAAAUAUUGUUAAAGAAAAUACAGACGAAUCGAAAGAUAUGGAACCGGUAGUAACAGUUAAACCAGAAGUAAAACAUAGAAAGAAAAUUGAUAAAAAGCCAGCACCCAAACCACCAGAAAUCCAACCUAUUAUUGAUAUGAAAGAAGAUCCUUCUCACUUUUUAAAAACAAUUAAUAAUACAAAUAUAUUUUUGAAAGAUGAGGUGAUACAUUAUUAUGAUGCUAGACCAACACAAUCAACCUCCCAUAUCGAAGUUCCCAAACUAGACACUAAAGAUGAAUUAAGAGAAAAAACAAAAGAGUCUAAGGGAAUUGCUCGUCUAUUUAAGAAAUCUCCGGAGAAAAAGAUCGUCACGGCAAAUAUUGAAAAGGAAGCACAGCAAUCUGUUGACGAGGUCGAGCGAAUUAACAGCACUGAAUAUUUCUUAAAGGAUGAAAUCGAACAAUACCAUGAUGUGCGACCAACCAUUGACAAACUUAUUGAAGAAGAAAUCAAAGUCGAUGUUAUAGUAAAGACUUCAACUUCUCCUGAAAAGAAAAUUAUAAAUGGUUUGCCAGAGCAAGUGUCUCCAGCUAUUACCAAUAUAUCUGACGAAAUUAGCACAAAAAUUGUAAAGAGUGAAGAUUUUCUUAAAAGUGAAAUUGGUCAGUAUCAUGAUGUCCGUCCAAUAGUUUCACGAACUAGAUCUCAGUCAUCGGAGAAAGAAAGUGAAAUUGUCAAGAAGGAAAAGAAACCAAAAAAAGAGUCGAAAGGUUUCUUAAAAUUGUUUAAAUCUCCAGAAAAGAAAAAACAAGUAGAAAAUGCAGAAAAGGACGUUAUUUUAAGUUCCAAACCAAUUUUGUCUCAAGAAGUAAUCGCGAAUAUAAAAAAUAGUCGAGAUUUUCUUACAGAUGAAGUUGACAGAUACCAUGAUGUUAGAGAACUUGUUGCGAAAAAAGAUGCUGCCGAAUGUACGGUUGUGGAUAAACUUAUUGAAAAGCCAAAAAAAUCGUUGGCCCUUCUUAAAACGCAAGAAGAAAAAAUUGAAAAAGUAAUUGAGAAAAGCGUAGAAAAUGAAUGCUUGUUACAAAAACCAGAAGAAAGUAUAGACAAAGAGAAGACAAAUAUAUUUUUAAAAAAAGAAAUUGACGUAUUUCAUGAUGUCCGACCAAUGAUAGACGCAAGUAUCAAACCGGAUUUGUCGAAUAAACUUGAACAUCAAAACAUUAGCAAAGCCGAUAAUUCGGAAUAUAGCACUGAAGUAAAAGAGAAACCGCAUACAGAAAGCAAAGGAUUCUUCGGAUUUUUUAAAUCUUCAGAUAAAAGUAAAAGUGACAAACAAGAGUUAGACAUCGAAAACGUUCUUUCUGAAGAAGUGCUAAUAAAUAUGAAUGACACAUCUAAUUUUAUCGAAACUGAAGUAAAAAAAUAUCAUGAUGUGCACGAAAUAAGAAAGAAAAUCGAAAAUCAACCAAGUGAUUAUCCAUUAAAGAAGGAGGCAUCUAAAAUAGAAGAACAAUCUGUGAUUAUAAGCCAGCCAGUGGAUUCUGAAAUAUUAGCUGAAAAGGAACCUAAACCGACUAAAAAAAUAUUCAAAAUAUUUAAGUCUCCGUCUAAAGAUAAAAAGAAAACAAGAAAAAGUCCUGAAAAAGAUUCACAACCUACUCAUAUGGAAGAUAUUAAUAUAAAUAUAGGAGAAACAAACGAACUUUUGAGAACUGAAGUAGAUAAAUAUCAAGAUGCUCUACUUCAACCCGAUGACCUUUCAAAGCAUCACAUAGAAAAUACAGAACAUUUCCUUCAAACAGAAGUUGAAAAAUUUGCUGAUGCUCGCCCUGUUGUUCCAGCUUCUGUAAUAGAAUCCGAAGAGGUACCUAAAGUUGAAUCAAAAAGUUUCUUUGGAUUUUUUAAAUCUCCCGACAAACAACUAGACAAAAACACUGAAAUAAGUAAAGAAAACCGUCAUGAUAAAAGUGUAGAAGAGCAAAUUAAAGAGACCGAUGGCUUCUUAAAAAAUGAGUUAGAAAAUUUUGAUGAUGUUCGACCGGUGUCAGACCGGGCAGUUACUGAUCAGGAUACUAAAAUUUUGUAUACAGACGUAUCUUCUUCACCAGUAAAUAAAAACAAGGAGAAAGAUCUUGAGAAGAGUAAAUCAAAAGGUAUUCCAGUGGUUCUUUCUGAAGAAGUAAUUCUUAACAUGCAACAGACAAAUAAUUUUCUACAAGAAGAAGUAAAAAAAUAUUAUGAUGUACGGACCCAUAAGGAACCAGGAGGAAGUGUCCAAAAGGAAGACAAAUUAGUAGAGAAAAAAGAACGCAAAGGUAUAUUUUCCAGAUUUAAGUCACCAGAAAAAGAAACAAAGAAGAGCACUGAAAAAGAAAAGGCUCAAGAGAACGUUAUGAUUUUCUCCCAAGAGGUAAUUGAGAAUAUGAAAAACAGUAAAGACUUCCUUAAGCAAGAAACUGAUAGGUAUCACGAUGUAUAUCCCAUAGUGACACAUCAUAUGCAAGAUGAACAUACGAAAGAAGAUACCAUGCAUCAUAAAGAAGAUUUGCCGAAAAAGGAAUCAAAAGGAAUAUUGAGUUUAUUUAAAUCACCAGAUAGAAAGAAACGAGAAAAAAGUAUCGAGAAAGAUCAGUCUAAAGAUAACAAAAUCGUACUUUCUGAAGAGGUGAUUCUUGAUAUGAAACACAGUUCUAAUUUUCUACAAGAAGAAGUGAAAAACUACCAUGAUGCUGUGUGCUAUCGUAAUAGAACAGAACAAAUAAAACAGGAUAUACCAGUAGAGAAGAAAACUCAUAAAGGUAUAUUUGGGCGAUUUAGGUCGCCAGAAAAAGAAGUAAAGAAACACUCUUUAAAAGAAAAAUAUCAAGGUAGAGUUUUGGUGCUCUCUCAGGAUGUAGUUGAAGACAUGAAACUCUCUGACGAUUUUCUUAAACAAGAAAUUGUUAAUUACCAUGAUGUAUAUCCAAAAGUCGAAUAUCGUUUACACGAUGCACUGGAACCACAACUGGAAACUAAGAAAGAUGAUUUAUUGAAAAAAGAAUCAAAAGGUAUAUUGGGCUUCUUUAAAUCACCGGAUAAGAAAAAACGUGAAAAAAGUCUGGACAAGGACCAAUCUAAAGAUAUUAAAGUAGUUCUAUCUGAAGAGGUAAUUAAAGACAUGAAAAAUAGUAACGAUUUUCUAAAACAGGAGGUGCAUAACUAUUACGAUGAACGUUCAAUAGAAACUGACAAAACAAAUAAAGAUAAAGAAAGUACACCACAACUGGAAACAACUAAGAAAGAUGAUUUAUUGAAAAAGGAAUCAAAAGGUAUAUUGGGUCUCUUUAAAUCACCAGAUAAGAAAAAACAGGAAAAAAGUUUGGACAAGGACCAAUCUAAAGAUAUUAAAGUAGUUCUAUCUGAAGAGGUAAUUAAAGACAUGAAAAAUAGUAAAGAUUUUCUAAAACAGGAGGUGCAUAACUAUUACGAUGAACGUCCAAUAGAAACUGACAAAACAAAUAAAGAUAAAGAAAGUACACCACAACUGGAAACAACUAAGAAAGAUGAUUUACUGAAAAAGGAAUCAAAAGGUAUAUUAGGUCUCUUUAAAUCACCAGAUAAGAAAAAACGUGAAAAAAGUCUGGACAAGGAUCAAUCUAAAGAUAUUAAAGUUGUUCUAUCUGAAGAAGUAGUUAAAGACAUGAAAAAUAGUAAUGAUUUUCUAAAACAGGAGGUGCAUAACUAUUACGAUGAACGUCCAAUAGUAAUUGACAAAACAAAUAAAGAUAAAGAAAGUACACCACAACUGGAAACAACUAAGAAAGAUGAUUUACUGAAAAAGGAAUCAAAAGGUAUAUUAGGUCUCUUUAAAUCACCGGAUAAGAAAAAACGUGAAAAAAGUCUGGACAAGGAUCAAUCUAAAGAUAUUAAAGUUGUUCUAUCUGAAGAAGUAGUUAAAGACAUGAAAAAUAGUAAUGAUUUUCUAAAACAGGAGGUGCAUGACUAUUACGAUGAACGUCCAAUAGAAACUGACAAAACAAAUAAAGAUAAAGAAAGUACACCACAACUGGAAACAACUAAGAAAGAUGAUUUAUUAAAAAAGGAAUCUAAAGGUAUAUUGUGUCUAUUUAAAUCACCGGAUAAGAAAAAACGUGAAAGAAGUCUGGACAAGGAUCAAUCUAAAGAUAUUAAAGUAGUUCUAUCUGAAGAGGUAAUUAAAGAUAUGACAAAUAGCAAUGAUUUUCUAAAACAGGAAGUGCAUAACUAUUACGAUGAACGUCCAAUAGAAACUGACAAGACAAAUAAAGAUAAAGAAAGUAAAGGAAUUUUUAAGCUGUUUAAAUCACAUGAUCAAGAUAGAAAAAUCAAGGAAAAAAGCAUAGAUAAAGAACAAGAAAAAUUAUCAAUUCAGCUUCCCGAAGAGAAGGUCAAAAUAGAGGACAGUGAUAAAUUUGUCAAGGAAGAAAUUGAAAAAUAUCAUGAUGUACGACCUCUUGUUAGCCCACCAUCAGUAGUUACAGAUCAAAUUCCUGCUAAGAAGGAAUCAAAAGGCAUAUUUUCUAUAUUUAAAAAAGCUUCAGAGAGAAGAUCUCCCAGUGUUGAAAAAGACCUCAAGCCUAAAAUAUCCGAAGAAGCUAUCGCUGAUAUGCUAAAUUCUGGCAAUUUCUUGAAAACAGAAGUUGAAAAUUAUUACGAUAAUAAAGAAUUUGAUAGGGAAAGUAAACAUAGUCAAAAAUCAGAUAUUUAUGAAAAGGUUCAUAUAAAAGAACAAACAACGAUACCUCUGGAAACUGCAACUGCAGAUACUACUACUUCUGUAGAGCAAAAAGAGGGCGGAAGUUUCUUUGACAUUUUUAAGAAAAAGAAACCACAUAAACAUACAAAAGAAAUUAAGAAUUCUGAAGAAGUUAUAAAAUCGAUGCAAGGGUCAAAUGAUUUUCUGAAAGGCGAAGUAGAAAGAUUUCAUGAUGUCCGACCAGUUAUUAAAGAAGAUCCAGAGAGUAUUGACUCCGUGUCGAAAGCUGCAAUAUUAUCUUCAGAAAUUUUUCAUAAAUCAGAUAAAAUCCCAGAGACCACUAAUUUUUUAAAUAACGAACUUGAAAAAUAUCAAGACUCGGAUAAAACAAAACAAGGUACACUUGAGCCAAUAUCAAAAACAUGUGUCCUAAAUAUGUCUAACAGCAAAAACUUUAUAAAAGGAGAAGUUGAAAAUUACCAUGAUGUAAGACAGCAUAUUAAGCCGUUUAGUGAAAUUGUUGAUUCUGCCAAAGAAAACACAAAAGAAAAACAUUCUAAAGGAGGAAAAUUCUUUGGCCUCUAUAAUAAAAGAAAGUCACAAGAAAGGGAAACGUCUAUAGAUCACGAUGAGGAAAAACACAAAAAGGAGAAGAAAACGAAGAAGAAGGAUAAGAAGUUAAUUCAAAAAAAGGAAAAUAUUCCAGAUACAGCUGUAAAAACUGAAAUAAAAGAGUCAGUUCCAGAAUAUUUUGUUAGUGGUACAAAUGAUAGCAAAGAUUUCUUACAAGGAGAAAUUGACCGUUAUCACGAUGUUCGAGUAUCAUAUGCAGAUACAAAAAGUAAAGAAAGUAAACCUGGUGGUCUCUUUGAAGGAACAUCAAAGACGACUAAACCAAAAGACCAGGAAAAUGGUAGACCACUAACAGCUAGUUCUGAAACUGAACACCUGUCAUCUGGUGCUAAUAUAAUUGAUGUUGUAGAAACACGUGAAACUAUUCUAGAUGAUGAUAUUAAAGCAAAGAAAAUUUCUACAAUUACACAAGAAUCUUCUGACCGAGGAAAUAAAACUAUUUCAGUUACAAAGCAAAUAUACGUGGUUGACCCUAAAGUAAUGAAAGACCUAACAGAUUUAGAUGAAGACAUAAAACAAAAAAUUAAAAAAGCCAAAAUCGAAGCUGAUAGUCUAGAUCGGGACAGCUCAAAACCUUUUGUCCGAGAAACAUUUUCAGUUGAAACAAAAAUAAUUGAUAGAAUUAUCCCAAUAGUUAGCGAAAAAGAAGUAUGUACAGAAACUGAAAUAAUUUAUGAAAAUCUUCCUGUGUCAUCUUCAACUGUACUGACCAAUGUAGAAGAUAACUUUGCGUCCACAGAUACAGAUGAUAUAAGACAGACGAAUAAUUUCAUAGCUGAAGAGGUUAGCCGGUAUCACGAUGUUAAACCUAUAAUUUUAUCUGAAUCUUUGAAUCAGCCCGAUGAAGUUUUUAAAGAGAAGGAUUUUAAAAAGAGUUCAAGUCCGUUUAAAUUAUUUGAGCGAAAACGGAAGGAAACAUCGUUAGAACCAGAAUCAAAACCACCAGAUGAACAUUCCGAAAAAGAAAAUGAACUGAAAGAUACUAAAGCGGAAAAACGUAAAAAUAUAUUUUCAAUAUUUUCCAAGUCUUCUGAUGGAAAUAUAGAAAAAUCAACCAAACCUAUCACCUACAGUGACGAAGCUAAGAAAACUUUUCAGGAUACAACACAGUUUCUAAGUGCAGAGGUUGUUAAUUAUGAAGAUGCUAAACCCAUUAUAAUUACUGACUUGGACGAAGAUUUAGAUUUAGAACACACCAAAUCAGGUUUGUUUAGUAUUUUUAGUAAGAAAAAAGAUAGUCCGAAAAUAUCCAAAAAAAUAUUUAAGAGACCUAAAAAGGAUGUAAAUACAGCUGCAAUAGAAGGAAAAACAUACCAAAAGUUAGAUGAUCUAGAUGACGACAAAAUUAUUACAGAAGGUAACAUCAAUGAAAAGCAAUUAGGAGAAGUUAAGCAGAAGAAAGUUGCAUUUAGUGAAACGACAAUUGAAAAAAUUAUUUCAAAUGAUGAUAAAAAUCUGGAAGAUUCAAAACCAACUAUCAUAAAAGUGACAGAAAUAUCUGUCCCUCCAACCGAGUAUACGCAGUCGGAUGAUAAUAUAUCAGAAGCAGUACCCGCAGAUAUGUAUCGGCUUUCAAAAGAGAGUAGUUUUGUUAAUGAUAUGCUAAAUACAUUGGAGACUAAAUUAGAACAUGUAAGAGAUAAUGUAGAAGAAAUGCAGCAAGAUGUUAACAAAGGAAAUGAGGCUUUCUUGCAACAAGUUGACGAGAAAUACAAGGAGACAAUGGAAUUAACUCAUGAAUUGGCAGAAAAAUCUAAGCAUAAGUUUUCUAAAGAUUUCUUAGAAAAUGAAAGAAAGUCUAUUGAAAAGGAUGUGCAGCAACCUGAUUCAGUUGAUGUUAGUUUCUCAAACUUACAGGAGAAAUCAAAAGACUUAAUUGGAAAAGUAAAUGAUAAAAUUAACAUUAUAGGUAGAAAGACAGGAGAAAUUGGUACAGAAGUAAAAGAUGGACUAGUUAGUCCUAUAGAAUCCUCAACUUCCGUUAUUACGGAGGCAGUACAUGAAAUAUCAGACCUGAAAGAAGAGAGAGUUGGAUUGAAGGUAGAUCAAGGUCAAUUAAAAGUGACCGAGAAAAUCACUACGAAUAUAAUCGAAAACGGUAAUGAAUCAGAUAAUUUGCUAAAGAGUAAAGAACACGAUAACAAAGCAUUAUUACAAGAUGAUUCAAAUUCAGAUAAUAAAAGAGAUAACUUAAAACAAAAGGAUGUAAAAAAGAAGACUUCAGGAUUUUUUACAAGACUAGGAGACAAAUUACAUGGAAAAAGCCAAGACGUAAUUUCAUCUGUGGAAACUGAUUUAACAAAUAUUCAAAAGGACACUGAAAAUCUGAAAGAAAUUAGUGGCAUUAGUUACUCUGUGGGCUUAGCUGAAGAAAAAGAUAGUACGUUGGAAAAAAUACCUACAGAAGUAAAGCGACACGCGCAAGAAAAAGUGAAAGAAUCGAAGAAGAAAACACAUGGACUACUUAGUAAAAUAGGGAGCAAAUUAUCUGGAAAAUCUAAGGAUUCUGCUGAUUUUAUAACAGAAGUCGAGAGAGAUAGUGCGAAAAUCUCCGAAGAAACUGAGAAUGCUAUACAGGGCGUGAGUACAGAUUUGCAAGAAUUCGUUGAAACCGAAACAAAAUUGGUAAAAAGCGAUAUUACAGAAAUACAUAAUAAUAUUCGUAAUGCGACACCUGAAGAUCCCACAGAAAUAGCACGUGAAGUAGCUAAAAAUGUCGAUAAAAAAAUAUCAGAGAAAAUAAGAUCUACUGAUGAGGCAGUCUCAGGUGUCAUUGAAGAGGAUUUUUCUAAUAAAAAAGAUGAACUAAGACAAUUUAUUGAAGACGUAAAGGUACAAACUGACGUUCAAUCGCUGGAACAAUGUGACACAAAAGAUAAAAUCACAGAAGGAACUAGUGAGAUCUUGAGAGGUCAUGAAAAUGCAAAAACCGAGUCUAAAGUGAUUAUAGAAGAUGUUGAACGACAUACUACGGAGGUAGUGGAUAUUAUAGAUGUUCCUAGGUUUAUACAAAAAGAGAUAGAGGAAGUAAAUAAAACCAGUACUCAAAUUAUCAGUGACGCGGAAGAUAAAAUAAAAGAUAAAACUCAGAAAGUUAAAACCAAAUCAUCUGGAUUUUUUACUAAAAUUGGCGAGAAGAUAAGUGGCAAAGCAAAAGAAGCAGAAAAAGUUUGUGACGCUGAAAAACAAAAUGUAUCUGAGACUCUUGAAUCAUCAAAAGUGAAAGGAGAAAGUACAAUAUGUGAUAUAGAGAGAGAAGCGGAUGAAUUUCAAAAACACAUUUCUGAAAAUAUUAAGGAUACUAUUAAAAAUACAGAAGCUGUUAGCAGUUUGAUUGUAGAAUCAGAAGAUAAAGUUCUUAGUAAUGACGAUAAAAAGGAUGCAGAGGUGAAGAAAAAGAGUAGUCUUUUAGGAAGACUUACCGGAAAAAUAAGUGGAAAGUCUAAAGAUGAUCAAAAAUUUGAAGUCGAAGAACAAAAAAUAAAUAAGCUAGAAGAAAAAGAUCAUCUUGAAAACUUAUCUGAUAAAAUAGAUUCCGAAGUUCAAUCUGUAGGUGAUAUACUUUCUAGUCCUAAUACUGAUGACGAACGUGUUGAGAGAAAAAUAUCAGAAAUACCAAGAAAAAAAAUUGGUGAUAUGACUGUUAAAUCUGUUGAAAAUUUACCUACCGGUAUCUCACAAAUGACGACCGAUGUUCAAGACACAUUUUUAGAUUAUGGUAAAUUACAUAUCGGGGAGAUAAAACAGAGAACAGCCGAAUUUUUGGAAAGUCAGAUAAACGAUCCUGCGUUUGGACAAAUAACCAGAACAGUUAGCGAUUACGGUGGACAGAUAAAAGAAUCAAAUGAAGGUAGAAGUAGUAUAUCUGAAGCAAAUAUAGACUUAUCUAAUUUGCCCACUAACAUUGAGACAUCCGAGACAAUCGUUUAUGUAUCAUCCCCUGCUAUGGUAAGACGAGUAGUGUCAGAAAAGUAUUCUAGUGGAGAUCGACCAGAUGUUGUUGAAAUUAGGAAUGUUGUUACUUCAGAAACUUACUCAAAUGAGUAUACCGUUACUGAACCAGAUGAAAGUUUAUCGGAGAAAACGGGUCGGAAGAAAGCGUUAUUUAGAAUUGAAUCCGAAGAUGAAGAUUCGUUAAACUAUAUAAGAAAACCUAUUAUUAGAAGUGACAGCGCAAAAUCAAAUGUACUUGAAACAUUAACCGAGGACGCAGUUGAAACUCUUUUAUCGACCCUAACUAAAGAUUUAGGAGAUGCAAUUUCUCAGGCUGAUGAGAUCAAAAAAGAAUUGAAAACAAAAGACCAAGAAUCACUUAAACAAGUUUCAGAAUCUAAAACAGACGUUGAACUUAUUGAAGAGAAAUUGCGUGACUUAGACAAAGCAUUAGAUUCGUUAGAAAAAGUAGAAUGUACUGAGAGUGAACUGAAAUCUGAUAAAAAACUUAAGCGAGUCGAAAGAAAAUUUGAAAGAAUGGCUUCAAAACUUCUUGAAGAAGAAGCGGAAGAAGCCAAAUUGCAAAAACUAACAACACCAGAUGUAGAAGAGAAACGCGAGUCAGAAUUUCAAAAAUUAGUCUCUCAAAUAAGUAUUGAAGAAGUGUCGGACUUUCAAAGAGACUACAGCCACCUAUGGGAUGAAAAUACAUUUUCUAAGAGUGAUGACUGGGAAUCAAAAACACCGGACAGUCAGACCGAUGCACAAGAUCUUCCCAAAGGUGAAAUUAUUUACAUGGGCCCUGUCAAUUUUAAUAAAGAUAAGUUAGUUAAUCCAGGUGGUGUUGAAGUAGAGGUUAUACCUAUAAUGAAGAGUCCUUGCAGCUCUCCGAAACCAAAAAAGAAAAAUAAAAGAGCUAAAUCAGAGUUAGGUUUUUACAAAACUAAGCCAUUAAUAUUAGAAGAUGACAGAGGUAGUUUACCAGAACUGAAAUCCUCGUCGUCGAGGUGCUCUUUGUAUAAUACAGUUAUACAAAUGACGCCUGAAAGAUUUUUAGGAAAAAAUAUUCAUACAAGUAACGAAUCAUUAACAAGUACAAAUAAAAGCUCUGGAAUGUUAUCCAGAAGUUUGGGUAGUGCAGAUCAAUUCCCCCAAGGAAAUCUAAUGGGCGCUGUGCAGCGGUGGCUUGAAAAAUCUAGCCCUUUCAGUUCCACUGAAAACUUUGACAUUCAGAGUUUAAGCACAAGUAUACAGGAGACUAUAGACAGCUCUACGCUAGAUGACGAGGACUAUUCAGGUUUAUCGUUUUCUGACGAUAGAUCUAUAUCCAAAGUAUUUGUUCCUGAUAUAAUUAUAUCCGAAGAGAAUAAUAAUGUAGAGCCCAGAACAUGUAAAUUCCAAGUUAAAGAUUUAGGUGAGGAACAACCUCAUACAUCAAGUGUACAGCAAGGAGAGACGAAAACUAAAGCUCGUAGAAAGCCGCUCCAUUACGAAAUCAGCAUGGAGGAUCAAACCGAAGUGAAUCUGAGGGAGCACGACUGGCGUUUUAAAAUGUCCCGACAUGAGCCUGAACCAAUUCCAGAAUUACCCGACAAGAACAAAUCAAAAAAAGCGUCAGAUCAACACCAGCUGUCUGAUGAAAUGAAAGACUUGUUAAAAGAGAUGGAAAAAGAGAGCAAGAAGUAAACUGAAAUUAGUGGCAUAAUUUGACGAAAAAUAAAAUAUCGAUCAUUACAAACGAUAAACUUGACUCAAUUUCACGAAAAAUUCUUAAAGCAUUAUUGUCAAAACAAUAUAUUUUUGAGUUGUAUUAGGUAUUACUGUGACACAUAUGCAUUCGAGAAUAUAAAAGCUGUUAAACGAUAUUUACCAAAUUAAGAAUUCUAGCUUUAUAUGCAAUAUAGGUACAAAAAGCUUGCCGUAAUCUUAUCCAAACUAAGAUUAUUAUCACAAGUAUAUCGUUACUAUAAUAUAUAGCUUUUUUGGAUAGGUUAAAUAUAAAAGAACAAAAAAAAUAUGUCCACAUACAAAUAUGUCCGACAAACCUUUCCAUUUUUGAAAAUAAAACAAUUUCGCCAUUUGCUGGCAUGACAUACCUACAUAUUUUUUAAAGUUGUGCAAUCUUUUUACUUUGAAUGAUGUUUGUAUAGAAGCAAUUAAAAUGAUCGGUUAAAAUUGUGCCAAUUGUACUGACGCGCGGAUAUAGAAGUAAUAAAAUAAUAGAGAUUUAGGUAAUAAAGUGGUAUUAGUACAAUUUUAAUCGAUCAAAUAGAAGAGAGUACUUAUUUUAAUAAUGAAAUUUGAUGUUGUAAUUAAACAGUAAACUUACGAUUACAUUUUUAUUGCUUGAGUGUUUUUGUUAAAGCUGUUAUUUUUUAUAAAACGAUUUUAUUGUAAGUUAAGGUUAAUUGAUAUUAUUUGUAUAAACUGAUCUAAUGCAAAUUACUAUAUCACAUUAUUUAGUAAUAGCUUUAUGGUAUUAAAUAUUUAGAUAAUUUAUAUACGGUUUUGUCGUUUCAAUAAUAUAUUGAAAUGGGUUAGUGGUUUUUCCCUAAAUUCCAAUGGUCUACAAAAGGACUUAUUGCGAACAUUGAAACGACAAAAUUGGACUGCUAUUUUAUUUAUUUAAAUUAAUGUGACAUAUAAACUAUUUAAUCUAUGUAUCAGACAUUUCGACGUCUGAAGAUAAAGCUUUCAAUAUAUUAAG